AGUCUAGGAAGUAUUAAAUGCAAACUUUAAAGGCUUUUAUUUUCAUCUUCCGUCACAUGACUCCUGGGUGCCCAAUGACACUCGCGACAGUGUCUCUCAUGAGGAGGUCAUGCAAACUCCCGCCUGCUAAAGGAGGCAUUUGUUACAUAUUUAGCAUUCAAAUGCAGAAGCCGGGCUUAAGCUAUGGGAGAUCCUAAUCAGGAGCCAGGUUCGUUUCCCCAACAGCGCAGAAGCUGCAGGUAAGAGAAGCUCUUCUCUCUUUCAAAACUUCUGCCGCUUUCCCUGCGAGGCUUUUGAAACUGAGACACCUGGCAUAAUGUUCUGUGUCGUAGCAGAAGGACUGUGAUGCUACCUUCGGAUAGAAACCUGUUAAGAGUUUCACUUGUUGCUGCAAGAAGCACUGUUGGGUUCUCCUUUAAAACGAGCAAGUACGUUCCUCUAGCCAUCAGUGGCUCCAGACUUCCGAAAACUUCUCGUUUGCGCAUUUCUUCAACAGAUGGGUUGAGGUUGAAUGGUGCUGAGGACAGGUGUUUAUCGUGGGAACAGGGCUACUCGUGCAUGAAAGGCUUUUUGAAGCACCCACACAAUGUUGAAAGCGUCAGGUGCCAGCCUAUAUUUCCUCUCCCCAAUUCCCUGGCAAUUUAAUCCAGAUUUACCCUUGGGGUGGGAUCUCAUAAAGUGGGGAGACUGUCUGUUGUCAGAGACCUCUUUGUGAUACUACCGGUUUGCAAAUUAAGCCCCAAAUAUGGAGCUGAAUAUCAGGUUAAUAGACUCCUGACUUUAAAUUGUAACAUGCAUGGGGAUGGGCAGCAACUGGUGGGAAUUGCUUGGGGGGGGGAAUAAUAUAUAUUUGGCACAUGUCUCUUGAAAGUUUGUGAUAUGUUUUGUGUGAAAAGUGGCUUCGCCUAUUGAUUUCAAAUUCCAUGAAAUUCAAGAGAAUUCUUACCAUUGAAAAAAAGUGAAUGCAUUAAAUGCACCUUUGCAAACUUGUGUGUGAUAACAGAUACACAGAUGAGGCUCUCUGAUGAGUGAAUGUUUGGCAGGGAACGUGGGUGGAAACAUCUCGCAUAAGAAGCUACUGGUUGGGGGUGUAAAUGGGAUUUUAAGGAAAGCAAGUGAAGAGUCUGAAAAAAAUAGCAUGCUUCUGAUUCUAAAUCAGGUGGAUGUACAAAUGUGAACUUAGGCAACGAUUGUCUUGAGUUGCUGCUGUCAAGUUCUACAUGUCCUGUGAAAGAAGGACAAUGGCAGGAGAAAGGGAGUUCUCCCACCUCCGCCACCGGCGCUUUCCAUUUGAUGUAACUUGAUGUCUUUUAGGAGAUAGUUUUUGUUAAGACCACUUUGGGAAUGGAAAAAAUGACACCUAACAGCACACAACCCAUAGCCAAGAUCUGCUGGGAUGAUCAAGCCUGGAACAGACAGAGAUUGUGGGCUGUGCCAGCAGAGCUCAGCUGGAGCCACAUUGGCAGAACUCGCUCAGCCCAGCUGAGCCAGAUCUAUACUGGCUCAGCCAGCUUAAGCCAGUGAAACUUACGCUGGAGUAAGUCCCCCAAAAGUGUGGUUUGGGGUAUAGCAGGGGCAGGAUGGGCAAGGAGAGACUUACAACUACAGUCAUACCUUGGUUUUCGAACAGCUUAGUUCUCAAACGUUUUAGCUCCCAAACGCCGCAAAUCUGGAAGUGACUGUUCCGGUUUGCGAACUAUUUUUGGAAGCCGAACGUCCGAUGGGGCUUCCGUGGCUUCCAAUUGGCUGUGGGAGCUUGCUGCAGCCAAUCAGAAGCCACGCUUCUGUUUCCAAACGUUUUGGAAGUAAAACAGUUUUCCGGAACUGAUUCCAUUCGACUUCCAAGGUACGACUGUAUUCCAAACCUCUUUUAGCUCAGUCAUGUGACACGGCAACCAAGAGUAGACUUCAGUAAUCUUUCGUGAUAUGGCGCCCCGUGUGAGGCCAAAAUUUGGCACCUCCAAAUGGAUCUUCUCAAUUAUGGAUCUUCUCAAUUUGGCACCCUCUUGGCUCUGUGCAAUUUAGGGGCAAAUCACCCACAGCGCCUGCCCUAAAUCAGACACGACUGGUAAAUUAGCCGAACUUACACUGGUAAACAGAGUGCUUGUUUUCUUUCUGCUAGACUUGGGCCACCUCAGCCGUCAGUUGUCUCAAUCCUGAACAGAGUUUGGAAUAGGAUGAAUUUAUGUUAGCAUAAAUUUCUCUGGCUUCCUAUACAGUGGUACCUUGGAUUACAGACGCUUCAGGGUACAGACGCUUCAGGUUACAGACUCCGCUAACCCAGAAAUAGUACCUCAGGUUAAGAACUUUGCUUCAGGAUGAGAACAGAAAUCGUGCGGCGGCCCCAUUAGCUAAAGUGGUACCUCAGGUUUAGAACAGUUUCAGGUUAAGAACGGACCUCCAGAACGAAUUAAGUUCUUAACCCAAGGUACCACUGUACUUAGGAUUGCUCUGAAACACACUUAUUAUGGCAUAAGCUUUCACGAACUAGCAUUGUCCUUUAGACAUAAGCCAAUGAAAGCAUGUGGUAUAUAAUAAAAGUAUUAGUAUUUAAGAUGUUGCCAGACUCUUAGUUCUGUUGCAGGAAAAACAACAGUCACCUCGGGACAGUUCUACUUUGGGAAUGAGCGGCCUAUAAAUCUAAUGCUAUGAUUGUUCUAGAACACAAUGGUGUUUUGCUGUGCUCCACUCACUGAUCUUGUUAGUUACUGUGUCUGAGAAUCCUGGUAUCUAUUUUUCUAUCAGUUAUUUCCAUUGGGGAUUUAAAAACACUUUGUGCACAUACUGUACAGCCUUGUAAAGGUAAAGGUACCCCUGCCCGUACGGGCCAGUCUUGACAGACUCUAGGGUUGUGCGCUCAUCUCACUCUAGAGGCCGGGAGCCAGCGCUGUCCGCAGACACUUCCGGGUCACGUGGCCAGCGUGACGAAGCUGCUCCAGCGAACCGGCACCAGAGCAGCACACGGAAACGCCGUUUACCUUCCCGCUAUAAAGCGGUACCUAUUUAUCUACUUGCACUUAAGGGUGCUUUCAAACUGCUAGGUGGGCAGGAGCUGGGACCGAACGACAGGAGCUCACCCCGCCACGGAGAUUCGAACCGCCGACCAUGCGAUCGGCAAGUCCUAGGCGCUGAGGUUUUACCCACAGCGCCACCCGCAUCCCUCGUACAGCCUUGUAGAUGUUUGCAUAAAACAUCUGAGGUGUCCCCUCAAAAAAUUAGCUACAGUGUACCCUAGUAUUACUGAUUAUUUUUAUUUUUAUUUUUAAAGGGAGGGGUAUCCAGUCAUGAACUUCCUGCCAUUUUUUCUAGUUAUGCCCAAGAUUAUGGUGAUUGGUGGCUUCUGAUUCAGGAGUAGAGAUCUUGACCAUUCUAGAUGAAGUCAUUCCUUCUUCCAAAGGUGAGGUAACUGCAGCCUGAAAUGAGUUUCAGGAUCCAUCUUGGUAUUCAUGGGUCCCCUUGUGGCGGCCAAGUGAAAGGAGUGUUUUAUAUCUUGUUAACUACAUUAGAAGGGACGCGGGUGGCGCUGUGGGUUAAACCACAGAGCCUAGGACUUGCCGAUCAGAAGGUCAGCGGUUCGAAUCCCCGUGACGGGGUGAGCUCCCGUUGCUCAGUCCCUGCUCCUGCCAACCUAGCAGUUCGAAAGCACGUCAAAGUGCAAGUAGAUAAAGAGGUACCGCUCUGGCGGGAAGGUAAACGGCGUUUCCGUGCGCUGCUCUGGUUCACCAGAAGCGGCUUAGUCAUGCUGGCCACAGGACCCGGAAGCUGUACGCCGGCUCCCUCAGCCAAUAAAACAAGAGGAGCACCGCAACUCCAGAGUCGUUCACAACUGGACCUAAUGGUCAGGAGUCCCUUUACCUUUACCUAACUACAUUAGAAAUUUGCUUGGAACUUGCAGCUGUUUCAGAGUCAUUAAUUAAUGCCAAUAUUAGUGAGCUUAUUUCACCAAUGCUGAAGGAACUGAGUUUCAAAGUGCUGGUCUUGUCCGUCAAAGCCCUAUAUUGCUUGGGCUCUGCAUAUCUUGUGAGAUGUCUACUCCAACCUUUUGAGGUCUACAGGGGAAGCCCCUGAUGUAGGGUACAGCCUUCUUGAUGGUGGCACCACUUUUUGGUACUAAGGAAAGAAAACAGGAGAGGAUGCUGGCAAUCUACUCAAAUCUAGGGCAUGCUAUGGAUGAAGCCUUGACUUUGGAGUGAUCUUGACUCUGCAGUUGUUGCCAGAACUGAUGGUGUAUCGUGGGAUCAGUUUCAGCUUAGACUGGAACUAUUAACCAGUAUCAAAUACAGUCAUACCUCGGGUUACAGAUGCCUCAGGUUGCGUUUUUUCGGGUUAUGGACACACAGAAACCUGGAAGUACCGGAACGGAUUAUUCUGGUUUUCAGCAGUCGUGCAUGUGCAUAAGCGCUAAAUCGCGCUUUGCACAUGCACAGAAGCACCAAAUCGCAACCCGCACAUGCACAGAUCACGUUCACAACCCAAACGUCCACUGUAUGCACUUUGAGGGAAGGUGCAGGUUGUGACAGAAGAACAGAUCUAUCAAAAUCUGUUUUGCAUGAUACUGAAGUGGUAUCUCUGUUUUCAUAGUCUCUGAACACCAGAUACAGGGAAUAAAUAUCAAAAGUGGGUUCUUGUCUUUUCUAUGGCCUAUUUGUAAGGUAUUUGGAACCAUGUGACUAGCCACUGAAUGCCAGGCGAAAUGAACUCUCAGUCAGUUCUUACGUUCUUGGAACUUAUAGAUGUUUCCCACUGAAAAGUAAGGGGCAAGAAGUGCUUAGCUGAAUGGCCCCUAUACGUAUAUAUAUCUAUUUAAGGAAAUACAGACGAUCGCUGCUACUGUUUGCUUGCUACGUCGCCAGUAUGGGGAGGGAGUGGCCACCAAACUCUUUUAUUGUGCCUUCACUUUUAUUUUAAAUCACGACUGUACAUAGUGGCUGGGUGGGUCCUGGAUAUCCAGCAUUGUAAGAUACUCAAAGGUAAAUGUGAGAGAGAUGUUUAGUGACGUCAUAUGUUCCUGGAACACUUUAAAAGAGAAUAGCAAAUAUUUGAUCAGGGAGGUAAAUACAACUGUUCAAUGUCUUUGGCAAAACACCGAUAAACCAUUCCUAAGCGAAUCUUGUCUUAGUCUGGAUUUCAUACCCACAUUAUUCAGAAGUGGCAAACAGGGCUUAGUAUAAACUUGCUUUUUAUAAACUGUCUCCAACGUAUAUUGGAAUACAGUGGUACCUCGGGUUAUAGACGCUUCAGGUUAAAUACGCUUCAGGUACAGACUCUGCUAACCCAGAAAUAGUACCUCGGGUUAAGAACUUUGCUUCAAGAUGAGAACAGAAAUCGUGCUCCGGCAGCUAAAGUGGUACCUCAGGUUAAGAACAGUUUCAGGUUAAGAACGGACCUCCAGAACGAAUUAAGUUCUUAACCCGAGGUACCACUGUAGUCCUUUUGGACACUAUAUCUCUAAAACGUUAUGAAAAUAUUAAAUGCAUAUUAUCCAGAAGUGCUCUUCCUGUAGUUGUAACUCUCCUUUUCUCCCUGCCUGAGGGCUUCCUUACACAUUGCAGAAAUCGCUUUUCCACUUCCUAUGCAUUUACAGUCAUUUUCUCUGCGCCAGUGAAACUUUUUUGAGUCCCUGCUGAAGGCAUUUAAACAUGCCUACCCAGAUGUUUAGAAAGUUUGUAGGAGUUUUAAUUUGUUUUAGUCUAUUUUAUUGCGGUUUUAACCUUCUGUAUGUUAUCAAUUAUGGUUGUCAAUUUUUUAGCGGUUAUUUUUAUUUUGUAAACUGCUCUGAGGUUUUUCCAAAAGCAAGCGGUACAUACAUUUUGUGAAAUAAAUAAAUAAAUAGCAUCUCCUGCUCUGGCUUUCGGAGCAAAGUGUGUUGGUAAACUGACCAUAAUGGUGUGUGAGUGGUGCUUUUAACUUACCAACAUUUAAUAAAAUGCAUAAUCCCACAAUGAAAUUGCUUGUGCUUAUUAUAGCACAGGGGUGGCCAACUCCCAAGAGACUAUGAUCUACUCACAGAGUUAAGAGCCAAUGAUCUACCUGUGAUCUACCACAGACGUCCAGUGAUCUACCAGUAGAUCACGAUCUACCUGUUGGACAUGCCUGUUAUAGCACAAUUGCAAUUCCAACAUGUUUUACUGUCUGUUGUGGAAAGUAGCCAGUGUGCUGUCAUUCUGUCGCCAUUGAAUGUUGUUCAUUGCAUUAUUUAUUGUGGUUCACCUGCCCUUAGGAUUUUAUCCUUAGAAAUAAAAGGUGUGUACCCCUCCAAACCUCAGAGUGACCCCUGAGUCUGGUAAUACCUUCCUCCUAGACAAAGGUGGUACUGGUGACUUGGUUACACUUCUAUGAGCAAAGGAAUGUUUAGAACUGGAAGUGAAUUACAGUGAUAAAUUUGGCACUUUGGCGCCAAUAAAUGCUGGUCCAAAAUCUCUUCCCUGAGGCAGCCGCUUCACGCUGCCUAUUUACACAGGAAUUCCCUUGAUCUCUCAACCUGAGCCUCCUGGUCCACUUGCUGUGUUGUUUUCCAGGUGAAACUCAGAAAAUUAGAAUAUUGUGGAAAAGUUCAUUUAUUUCAGUAAUGCAACUUAAAAGGUGAAAGUAAUAUAUGAGAUAGACUCAUGACAUGCAAAACGAGAUAUGUCAAGCCUUUAUUUGUUAUAAUUGUGAUGUUUAUGGCGUACAGCUGAUGAAAACCCCAAAUUAACCAUCUCAGAAAAUUAGAAUAUUAAAUGAAAUCAGCAAAACAAGGACUGCAAAUAGAGCAAUAUUGGACCUCUGAGAAGUAGAAGCAUGCACAUGUACUCAGUACUUGGUUUGGGCCCCUUUUGCAUCAAUUACUGCCUCAAUGCGGCGUGGCAUGGAUGCUAUCAGCUUGUGGCACUGCUGAGGUUUUAUGGAAGACCAGGAAGCUUCAAUAGCAGCCUUCAGCUCUUCUACAUUGCUCAGUGUCAUGUCUCUCAUCUUUCUCUUGGCAAUGCCCCAUAGAUUCUCUAUGGGGUUCAGGUCAGGCGGGUUUGCUGGCCAAUCAAGCACAGUAAUCCCAUGGGCAUUGAACCAGGUUUUGAUACUUUUGGCAGUGUAGGCAGGUGACAAAGUCCUAUUGGAAAAUGAAAUCAGCAUCCCCAUAAAGCUCAUCUGCGGAAGGAAGCAUGAAGUGCUCCAAAAUCUCCUGGUAGACGGCUAUGUUGACCCUGGACUUAAUGAAGCACAGUGGACCAACACCAGCUGAUGACAUGGCUACCCAAAUCUCUUUUCUGAUGAGAGCAGCUUUUGCAUCUCACUAGGAAACGAAGGACCCAGAGUCUGGAGGAAGAAUGGGGAGGCACACAGUGCCAGAUGCUUGAAGUCCAAUGUGAAGUUUCCACAGUCUGUGUUGAUUUGGGGAGCCAUGUCAUCAGCAAACUUUUUCAACAGGGGGCUGGUCCACUGUCCCUCAGACCUUGUGGGAGGCCGGACUAUAUUUGGGGGGGGGGGGGAGAAAAAAGAACAAAUUCCUAUGCCCCACAAAUAACCCAGGGAUGCAUUUUAAAUAAAAGGACACAUUCUCCUCAUGUAAAAACACCACACAGGCCCUACAAAUCACCCAGAGAUGUAUUUUAAAUAAAAGGACACAUUUUACUCAUGUAAAAACAUGCUGAUUCCCAGACCAUCCAAGGGCCGGAUUGAAAAGGCGAUUGGGCCGGAUCCAGCCCCCAGGCCUUAAUUUGCCUACCCAGGGUCUAAUUCUCCACUUUCAUCGCAACUGUGAUUCUCACAUUAGUCUGACUACCUUUGAUUGUUAUUCUCCUACAGACUGUGGUGAGCCAAAAAUCCGCCUUUUCACAGAAUCAUAGAGUUGGAAGGGACCACGAGGGUCAUCUAGUCCAACCCCCUGCAAUGCAGGUAUCUUUUGCCCAAUGUGGGAUUCGAACCCACAACCCUGAGAUUAAAAGGCUCAUGCUCUACCGACUGAGCUCUCUCUUUUAACAAGUUAAUUUUCCCACUACCAUAAUUUAUGGCAGGAGGGAAAUCUAAAUGAUCUGUUGCUGUCGUCGCUGACAAUUGUUUCCAUUGUGACUCACGCAUCACCCGUUCCAUUUCACACGGUCAUAAAUUCCAGAAACAUUCAUCUGUGUGCAAAAUCAAAGAAGGGUUAAAAAAGUUCUAUAUAGGCCAACUAGGUGCUACGGAAAAAUUAGCGUUCGAUCUUAAAUACAGUCAAGGGGCAAUUCUCUGUUGUCCUAGAGCACGGGACUGGAUCUAAUGGGCUUAAGUUACAGGAGGGUCAGUUCAGGUUCAACAUGCAGAGAAAAAUGCUGUUUGCAAUAAAAAAUCAUCAUCAAUCUUUAUUACGGUCCAGAGACCCAACAAAUCAUUACAAAGCAAUACACAAUUCAUACAGCCUACCUCCAGGUUAAACAAGCAUAUUGUUCAGAAUAUAGGGAUCAUUUGUUCUUCCAACCACCGAUAAAAACUUGGCCACUGCUAAUGUUCUAGCAUUUGUCCGGUCUUCCAAUAGGAACCUGACAUAAUGAGCCUCUGAUUUUCCUGGGAAAGGUACCAGCAAGGGUAGUAUCAGUUCAGCCCUGGCUUGCUCAUAUUUUGCGCAAUGCAACAAAAUAUAUUUUAUGGAAUCGAUGUCUUGAGCACACAAGCAAAGUCUGUCCUGGUAGGGAACUCCUCUCAACCUGCCAUCCGACACUGCAGAAGGAAAGACAUUUAGUCUGGCUUUGGUGAAAAGCCUUCGAUAGUUUGGUACUGUCAGGUUUUUAAUGUAAGAUGUUAACUUAAAGACAUGCCCAUAUGGUACACAAAAUAAAAAAUUGUGUGAUAGGAACCUGCUACCCAGAGGUCACACAGGUACGUGUACACAAGCAAUCUUCUUUUUCAGGCUUUCUACUUUAUAUACAAAAGGUAGGGCACAAUGAUGUCACCUGUAUGAGGAAAGGAGGAACUUCUCGCAUGCUAUCUUCAGUUAAUUAUUUCUAUAAAUAUAAAUCUACUGCCCAAAUUCACCGGACUCUGGUUGACUUUUAAACAAGUUUUAAUCGAUUAGCCGAGCCCUUUAAACAUUGCAAUCUUAAUGUUUCUAAGUUUGAAUCAUCCGAGGGUGCCUUUCGUCUGCCACUGUUUUUUUUCUGGGCGAAGGCUCCGUACAUUUAGCACUCCUGGCAGAUGUACAACAGGGGCAGCAUUUUCCUAUUGCUGUGUGCUGAGGGAACCCUACACCCACUGAUGGCGGAAGUUAUUGUGCAGUAGUUAAAGGCACGAGGCUUGGAGGGAGAAUUGCAUGGCCUUACCCUCCAACAUUUCUCUGAUGAAAAUUUUGUUGUCGUUUAGUCGUGUCCGACUCUUCGUGACCCCAUGGACCAGAGCACGCCAGGCACUCCUGUCUUCCACUGCCUCCCGCAGUUUGGCCAAACUCAUGCUGGUAGCUUUGAGAACACUGUCCAACCAUCUCGUCCUCUGUCAUCCCCUUCUCCUUGUGCCCUCCAUCUUUCCCAACAUCAGGGUCUUUUCCAGGGAGUCUUCUCUUCUCAUGAGGUGGCCAAAGUAUUGGAGCCUCAGCUUCACGAUCUGUCCUUCCAGUGAGCACUCAGGGCUGAUUUCCUUAAGAAUGGAGAGGUUUGAUCUUCUUGCAGUCCAUGGGACUCUCAAGAGUCUCCUCCAGCACCAUAAUACAAAAGCAUCAAUUCUUCGGCGAUCAGCCUUCUUUAUGGUCCAGCUCUCACUUCCAUACAUCACUACUGGGAAAGCCAUAGCUUUAACUAUACGGACCUUUGUUGGCAAGGUGAUGUCUCUGCUUUUUAAGAUGCUGUCUAGGUUUGUCAUUGGUUUUCUCCCAAGAAGCGGGCGUCUUUUAAUUUCGGGGCUGCUGUCACCAUCUGCAGUGAUCAUGGAGCCCAAGAAAAUAAAAUCUCUCACUGCCUCCAUUUCUUCCCCUUCUAUUUGCCAGGAGGUGAUGGGACCAGUGGCCAUGAUCUUCGUUUUUUUGUUGUUGAGCUUCAGACCAUAUUUUGCGCUCUCCUACAACAACAACAACAACAACAACAACAACAACAACAACAACAACAACUUUAUUAUUUAUACCCCAUCCAGCUUCCAACAUAAUAAAAACAUAACGAAACAUUAAACUUUUUUAAAAUUAAAAACCUUCCCUAUACAGAGCUGCCUUCAGAUGUCUUCUAAAGGUGGUAUAGUUACUUAUCUCCUUGGCUCAGGGGGUCACAUAACUCCAUUCCCUCCAACAUUUUUUCGAUGAAAAUAGGAACGCCCUAAGCAAAAGUGGGACAUUCUGGAAUCAAAUCAGAAACUGGGAUGGCUUCUGUAAGUCCGGGGCCGUCCUGGGAAAAUAGGGACACUAGGAGAGUCUGCAUGACAGGCUGGCUAAUGGUGUAACUGUUUUUAAAUGGUUGAAGCAAGUUAAUACAGUCAUACCUCGGGUUGAAAUAGCUUCGGGUUGAGCGUUUUCGGGUUGCGCUCCGCGGCGACCUGGAAGUAAUGGAACAUGUGGUUUCGCCACUUGCGCAUGCGCAGACGCUAAAAAUGAUGUCACACACAUGUGCGGAAGUGGUGAAUCGCAACCCGUAGACGUGGGUUGCGUUCGCUUCAGGAUGCGAACGGGGCUCCGGAACGGAUCCCAUUCACAUCCAGAGGUACCACUGUAAAAGGAAUUAAUUAAAAUGAGGCAGACUCUACACACUGAGUGACUGCAGUCGUAAGCAAUUAAAUGGAUUAGGAAUGCCUGCCAAAGCCCAAAAUCCCUUUGCUUAUGGAGAUGUUUGUGGUACCUGUGGCUGGUAAGAAGGAUUUUGUGUUCUUUUCUUGACCUGCUAUAUGCCCUUAGCGGUUCUUAUUUCCUCCCUGCUCAGUGACAUCAGCUUAAUGCCCACCUAGCAAUGGUUUUCUCCCGUAACACCACACACCUGUCACAUUUUAAAAGCCAAACAACAAAUGUAACACCGUACAGCCCUGCAAGUGAACUGCAUGGUCGCAGACAAUGUGAUAAUUAACAAAGAAUAGCUUCUUACUGCCGGAAUACCAAAGCAGAAAACAAAAGCUGGGCAGAUUACCCAGCCGUACUUUUUCCUGGUUGCAAGUUGAUGAUUAAGAGCAAAGCAAGCACUUUGUUUUCGUCCUGGCAGAGUUCCUUUAACAGUUUCCUGACAGGUAGAAAUUCAGUAAGGCGAUUCUUUACCUGUCAUUGUAUUCCCACGCCAGGUAAGACUGCACCUGUAGUGUGUGUCUUUUGUGUUUUGCUUGCCAUUCAGAUAUUAAAGGCACAGGAGUCCGGCAGGAGAAAAAGCUGGCAACCAUUCAGAGCUAGCAGCGUUCGAAACUCCCAUUGUUCAACACAGGUUUUGUGACAGGGAAUUUGAUGAAUGCGAGCAGUUUCUGAGCUCUGGGAGCAGUACGGCGCACCUAAGAUUUCAGAUUAAAACUGCCACUGCUGGAACAAAAGGAGGACCUUUUUCUGCCUCUCCACUUCCAGCCACUCUCUGAGGGCUGGAGAAGGGACCCUCAUAAGAAUAUUAGGGGGGCGGGCAGGGGACGUAUGGCUUUGUUUUUUGCUGUCUUCAGAUGAGGACUAGACCAUGUGAAAAAUGAAUAUAAGCCUUUAGCUGCAGUUCAUUCAUUUUCAGCUUUGUAUUCUUGUUACUAAAAAGUGCACCGAGACAUUCUGUUGUUGUGCCCAUAACCUAGGUUUAAGGUGCCAUUUAGCUCCUAGCUUUCAUAUCUUAGUUUCUAACACUGAGGGCUAGUAUAUUUAGAGUGGUUUUACUUCCUUUUUUCCUCACCUGCUUUCGGCAUUACAUCUCCUAUUUUAAUAUUAAAUUAAUUUAGGAAGUAUUUCCAUACUACUAGUUUAGCACUGUUAUAUGACUGUGAAUCACGUUCCUGCGAAUUACAGUUCAGUUUUAGUUCCGUAUUCAAACUGUUUGGCCACUUCAUUGACAGGAUGCUGAACUAGAUUGGGCCUUCCAGCAGGCUCCUCUUACGUAAUUCUACAAAAGAGUACAGUGGUACCUCUAGUUACGAACUUAAUUCGAGAAGGCGACCAUAUUUAAUCGCCAAGAAAGCCAUUUCCAGUUGUUGUUGUUGUUGUUGUUGUUUAGUCAUGUCCGACUCUUCGUGACCCCAUGGACCAGAGCACGCCAGGCACUCCUGUCUUCCACUGCCUCCCGCAGUUUGGUCAAACUCAUGCUGGUAGCUUCGAGAACACUAUCCAACCAUCUCGUCCUCUGUCGUCCCCUUCUCCUUGUGCCCUCCAUCUUUCCCAACAUCAGGGUCUUUUCCAGGGAGUCUUCUCUUCUCAUGAGGUGGCCAAAGUAUUGGAGCCUCAGCUUCAAGAUCUGUCCUUCCAGUGAGCACUCAGGGCUGAUUUCCUUAAGAAUGGAGAGGUUUGAUCUUCUUGCAGUCCAUGGGACUCUCAAGAGUCUCCUCCAGGACCAUAAUUCAAAAGCAUCAAUUCUUCGGCGAUCAGCCUUCUUUAUGGUCCAGCUCUCACUUCCAUACAUCACUACAUUUCCAGUUACCACCUGCCUAAUGUCAGGUGCUGGGAGAACCUCAGUGAGAGCAUCCUUCAUCCUUCUCUGGGUUUGGGCAGACAGAUCUUCUACAAGGGCGCUCUGCCUUUAAAGCAAGUGCGUAACAAGCUGAAACUGAACAGGCAAAGCUGUUGCAAGCUGGGGAAGCCCUUUCCUCCAUGAGACGUAGGUCAUCAUGCCACCUUUUUGCCCCUUGGUCUGCUGUACUUUUUAGGUUCCUAAGAAAACCAAAGAAGGUGUGAAGUCAAUGCUGUUUCCAUUUCUAGAGUUCUUUUCUGGAAAACUGUAUUAGGGCCUAAUCGUCCUUCAUGAUUAUAGCACUGAUUAUAGAAUUCAGUGCUACAAUACAUCUAUAAAGGAGAAGCCAAAUAAGGUGCCCUGGAUUUCAAAGUUUUGCUGGAUAAAUAAACUUCACUUCUACUGUCUGAAAGAGGUUAUUGUCUCUUUAAAACUUAAAAAAGGUCCGUGUUAUCAGCAUGUAUUUUUGGUUUGCCUCCUCUGGGUGGGGCAUGGAAAAGACAAUAUUUGCCUGCCUUGUGGUUCUAUUCUUUUCACGCUUGUAUAUUGUAUUCUCUUGCCCCACACCCCCAAAUUUACCAGAUGGAUUUAUGUCAGGCUUUUGUUUCAGUUGUCAGAAUACAAUGGUACCUCAGGUUACAUAUGCUUCAGGUUACAGACUCCGCUAACCCAGAAAUAGUACCUCAGGUUAAGAACUUUGCUUCAGGAUGAGAACAGAAAUCGUGCUCUGGCGGCACGGCAGCAGCAGGAGGCCCCAUUAGCUAAAGUGGUGCUUCAGGUUAAGAACAGUUUCAGGUUAAGAAUGGACCUCUGGAACGAAUUAAGUACUUAACCCGAGGUACCACUGUACAUUGAACUGUGUAUAUAUAUAUAUAUAUAUAUAUAUAUAUAUAUAUGCAUUGUAAAGUUUCGUAAUUAUUAAUAAAUUUAUGUCUAUCCAAAUAAAUUAGCGUAUGCAAAUUUUAUGCAAAACUGGGUUCCCUCCUCCCCCCCUUUUAUGUUGCAUUUCCUCUCUUUUUCGGUAAUGCAGAAUUGGGUACCACUUAUUUUUUUCAGGCUUAUCCACACAGGAGUUUGGUGUGGGUUUGAAACUGCAGGUGCCUUGUUAAGGUGGAACAUUCUCCACAUGGGCAUUCAUCCCCAUCCACAGUGGGAAAUUUAAAUAUAUGUGCUCUUUUUCUUUUUCUCUCUGGGUUGCAACCCUGUUUCAACACAGAAAUUGAAUGAACAUUCAACAAAAUAAUCAUUUUAAAAAACAGAAUCUAUCGCCUCUUUGCCCUUGUGUCACACAUUUCAGAGCAAGAAAUGGCAGACUUGGAAACCUGUAAUGUAUCAUGUUGUGACAAGGAAGAAACAUCACAGUGUAGACUGGGUUUAUUCUCUCCCAAUUUCCUAUAAAAUAAGCUUCCAACAAAGAAACUUAAAACAAUAUAAUCCUGAGACUAAAGUUACAGUCGCUUCACUUCAAAAAUGAAACUUCUUCCCAACCUUUGGCCUAGCACGGCAUUCCAUAGAUCAUUUGUUUGCAUGUCCUGGAAAGUGUCAUUAAGGCACAUAAUUAUCAUAUGCACCCUAAGGUGAAAUACUGUGGUAUCUAUAUAAGUAAAGGUAAAGGGACCCCUGACCAUUAGGUCCAGUCGUGGCCGACUCUGGGGUUGCGGCGCUCAUCUCGCUUUAUUGGCGGAGGGAUCUGGCGUACAACUUCCGGGUCGUGUGGCCAGCAUGAAUAAGCCGCUUCUGGCGAACCAGAGCAGCACAGGGAAAUGCUGUUUAUCUUCCCGACAGAGCGGUACCUAUUUAUCUACUUGCACUUUGACGUGCUUUUGAACUGCUAGGUUGGCAGGAGCAGGGACCGAGCAACGGGAGCUCACCCUGUCACAGGGAUUCAAACUGCCGACCUUCUUUUUUUUAAAAAAAAGAUAUUUAUUAAAGUUUCAACAUAUUACAAAAAUAAGCAAAAAAAAGAAGAAGUAAAGAAAAAAAGUAAAAAAUGAAAAUACAAGAUAAAAACAAUUAAAAAAACAGAUUAGUCUUUCCAUGUCUUAUCUUUCAUUUGCUUGUUUCCCUGACCUCCUCACACCUCCCUUUUUUGUAUUCCAGUUCAAUUAGUUAGUUCAGCAAAUCCUUUCCCUCUUUGGUUUUAUCUUAAUCUUCCAUCUUAAUAUAUUAUAACUUUAAAUUAUCACCUAUUAACAAUCCAUUUUUACAUAUUCCUUUAUAACAUUGCUGCUAAAAACCACUUAGCUUCAAUCCAAAAUCAUUCUAACAUUCAUUAAUUUUGCAGUAUUUCUGUAAAUAGUCUUUAAAUUUCUUCCAGUCUUCUUCCACCGACUCUUCUCCCUGGUCUCGGAUUCUGCCAGUCAUUUCCGCCAGUUCCAUAUAGUCCAUCACCUUCAUCCGCCAUUCUUCCAGAGUGGGUAAAUCUUGUGUCUUCCAAUACUUUGCAAUAAGUAUUCUUGCUGCUGUUGUGGCAUACAUAAAGAAAGUUCUAUCCUUCUUUAGCACCAAUUGGCCAACCAUGCCCAGGAGAAAGGCCUCUGGUUUCUUCAGAAAGGUAUAUUUAAAUACCCUUUUCAUUUCAUUAUAAAUCAUCUCCCAGAAAGCCUUAAUCCUUGGGCACGUCCACCAAAGGUGAAAGAAUGUACCUUCAGUUUCUUUACAUUUCCAACAUUUAUUAUCGGGCAAGUGAUAGAUUUUUGCAAGCUUGACUGGGGUCAUGUACCACCUGUAAAUCAUUUUCAUAAUAUUCUCUCUUAAGGCAUUACAUGCCGUAAACUUCAUACCUGUGGUCCAUAACUGGGAACGAACUGCCGACCUUCUGAUCGGCAAGUCCUAGGCUCUGUUGUUUAACCCACAGCGCCAUCCGCGUCCCUCUAUAUAAGUAAGUGAAGCUAUUACAGGCAGUGAUGGAAGUGGAGAGGAGCUUCCAUACCUUGGAAGCCGAACGGAAUCCAUUCCGGAAGUCCGUUCGACUUCCAAAACGUUCAGAAACCAAAGUAUGGCUUCUUGUCCUGCAGCCAAUCGGAAGCUGCGGGAGCCCCAUUGGACUUCCAAAAAUAGUUCACAAACCAGAACAGUCACUUCCGGGUUUGCGGCGUUCGGAAGCCAAAAUGUUUGAGAACCAAACUGUUCACAAACCAAGGUACGACUGUAUAGCUGAAUGUCUUGAAAGGGUAGCAAAUUCUUAGUUGCUUACUAACUGUGGUUGCCUUCUUAACAGCAGGUAGUGGGGAGAAGUAUUUGAGUUAUUUUUCUGCCUCAGAAGCCAAAAUAACCCUGUUGACCUUGGGUAAUAUGCGCCUUGACUUGGCACCAUUUUGUCCUUUGCCUCAGGCAGCAAAAUGUCUUGAGCCAACCCUCCUCAUUGUUUUGAGGCAAUAUGCUGUUAAAGGCUCAGCUGGGAGAAAAACAAGAGGAGUGGAAUAAAGAAUAAGGAAGAGUAUUUCCCUGUGUAUACAAGCCACUCCUGUUCAUUGGCACCGUGAAGUUAAAAAACAAGACCUCACUGGAAAAGUUUACAUACUACUUCUGAACAUGUGGCAUCACAAGCUGCCCUCGCUAGGCUGGAACCUCAUUUUUUGUUGGUAACUUUAGGUGAACAGAGAGCCUAUUCUUCUUGAGAGGGAAAAAUGGAUUAAAUGGCUAGUUGGCCGGACUCCAGACAAUGCUAAAUCUCUUAAAGGAACAAAUGUUUUCUUCAGCUUUUAAGCAUUGUUCCACUGCAGGACUGCAAAAGACUGUAAAUAACAUUAAGAUAAAGAAAUCAAACACCUUUCCAUUCAAUAGCAGGAUGGAAAUAGAAACUGUGCUUCACAGAGGCCUCACCGUUAUAGUCUUUCCCCUGUAUAUAUGGAUUGCAACCUGCCCCUUGGGUCAAUUAAUUGGCUUUGCAAUUCACUAAGACACAAUUGCUUGGAUUUGAACAUUUUACUUCAAAUGGUUGUGGCUUUAUAAGAAUGCAAGUCCUCCUGUCACAUCUCUUAUAAAUGUGUCAAGGAAAUUCUUUUUGUGAGAGAUAAAUCAAUUGGGGGAAAGUAUCUUAGGUCUGAGAUACAGAUUAAAUUAUAUGUUCUACACAGUUGUUGAACCCUGUCUUUUUUAUAUAAAAAAGAGACAAAAUUGAACGUGAUGUUGGACUGGGAAUAGACCGAUUUGAAACAAUUUUCGUGAGAAAAGUAUUGAGAGACCACAAUCUCAUACCUUCCAACAUUUAUCCAAUGAAAAUUACCUCACAAUGUACAAGGGAAGGGUAUGAAAUAAAGUUUUUAGCUGUAAGCUAACUUGAGUCCCUGUCAUGGAAAAUGGCAGGGGAGGAGGAGAAGAAGAAGAAGAAGAAGAAGAAGAAAAAGAAGAAGAAGAAGAAGAAGAAGAAGAAGAAGAAGAAGAAACUGUGAGAAUGAUCAGGAACAUACCAGAAAGUAAAUCCUAUUGAACUCAGUGGGACUUAGUUCUAAGGGGAAAAAUGUUUAGGAUUGCAAUGUAAGACUGCACAGUCUUUACCCAGUUACCUGGGAGUAAGCUCCAUUGAAUACAGUGGGACUUACCGUAUUUUUCGCCCUAUAGGACGCACUUUUUCCCCUCCAAAAAUGAAGGGGAAAUGUGUGUGCGUCCUAUGGGGCAAAUACAGGCUUUCGCUGAAGCCUGGAGAGCGAGAGGGGUCGGUGCGCACUGACCCCUCUCGCUCUCCAGGCUUCAGGAAGCUCUGCGCAACCCUCGGGAGCCCGGCGCGAAGCCGCGCCGGGUUCCGGAAGGUUGCACAGAGCUGCCUGUGCUCCCGGGCUCCGUGCAGUUCUGCGCAACCCUCGGGAGCCCGGCGGGAAGCCGCGACGGGCCCCCAAAGGUUGCGCAGAGCUGCCUGCAUUCCGAAGCCUCGGGCGCACUGAAGAGCGCACCCGGGCUUCGCGCAACUCUCCGCAAGCCUGGGGACACCGGCGCAGCUCCCUAAGCUUGUGGAUAGCAAGCUGUUCUGGGGGCUGGGGUCGGGGGAAGCUCGGGCUUCCCCCGCACCAGCCCCGUGCCUGGGGGGGAAAUAAUUUUUUUUUUCUUUAUUCCCCCCACCAAAAAAAACUAGGUGCGUCCUAUAGGGCAGUGCGUCCUAUGGGGCGAAAAAUACGGUACUUCUCAGUAGACAGUGUAAGCCUCCAUUUACAAUAAAGGAAUAAACACUCCACAUGUUUCCUUAAAAAUGGCUGGCAGCUGAAGCAUUGCAGUGACAUUUUCCUUCAAAAUUAUAGGAAGGGCUUCGUACGCUUUCAGGAAUUUUAUUUUCAGUAUAAACAGAACUCAGUUUCUUGCACCUACACACACACACAACCACUUUUAAUUGUUCUCCAAGACAUAGAGGGGAGGAAAAAGAGAAGCCGGGACGUUCUGGGAUCAAAUCAGAAACUAGGGUGGCUUCUGUAUUUUCGGGACUGUCCCUGGAAAAUAGGGACAUCUGGAGGGUAUGCAAUCUUUCUUUUCAUGCUGAACAGUUGCUGGUGUGUAGACGGACUGGAUGCGUAGGGAUUGUGCCAAAUGGAGAAGGAACUGGAAAGUCUUGUGUGUAUCCCAAAGCACCAGUCUGUAACGUCCCCUAGGCCAGAGUGAUCCAUUGUGAGCUCUUCUUGGCCUUUGUGUUAGAUGGUAAGGUAAAAAGGUAAAGGACCCUGGACGGUUUAGUCCAGUCAAAGGCAACUAUGGGGUUGCGGUGCUAAUCUGGCUUUCAGGCCGAGGGAGCCGGCAUUUGUCCACAGACAGCUUUCCAGGUCAUGUAGCCAGCAGGACUAAACCGCUUCUUGCACAAUGGGGCACCGUAACGGAAACCAGAGCACACAGAAAUGCUGUUUACCUUCCCGCCGCAGCGGUACGUAUUUAUCUACUCGUACUGGUGUGCUUUUGAACUGCUAGGUUGGCAGGAGCUGGGUCAGAGCAAUGGGAGCUCACUUCGUUGCAGGGAUUCGAACCACCAACCUUCCAAUUGGCAAGCCCAAGAGGCUUAGUGGUCUAGACCACAGCACCACCCACAUCCCUAGAUGGUAGGCUCAAUGGAUCAUGGACUCAUCUUGGAUAUUCACAUUGCAAAGCGCUUGUACACUGUGUAAAAAGAAUUUAAUUGCAGAGUGUGAGCAAGAACCAGGCUUUGUUAACAACGCAGCACUUGGACAUGUCUUCAGUGCUUGUGCUUGUCUUUAUCUUACCUGAUAGCCAAUAACUCUGUCACUGUUAUCCUGCUCUGCAGAGGAAUGGCCUAAAGCAGCAAUUUGCCUGAGGCCAUCCAACAGGAAAAUAGCUAAGUCACGGAUCUGAACCCAAGUUGAGGGUGAAUGUUGUGUCCUCGGGGCCAUUACUGGUUCCAUGCCUUGUGCCCUUUAGUGGAAAGAUACAGCUGAAGUUAUCCUGCUGUUGUUGCCAUUGUUUUAAACUAUCCUGCCCAUUUUUUCCUUAGCAUAAGAAGCGAUAAGUUUAGAGCAGGUGGAACAAAGUGUUUGCAGUGCGUUCCAGUGAACCCCAGAAAUAUUUUCAUUUCUGUUUGCCUUCCAGCUUUGAGAGUUGAUAGUAAAUGACAGUACUCUCUCAAGUUUUGCAAUCUGUCACACUGAAAAUGCAAUCUCAGCUAUUAUCUCUGUCUCCUUAGGAAACAACAACAAAAAGUACUGUUUUCUUCUCUAACACUCACUGCCUCCAUCUAUAUAUCCUAUUUAGUUUUUAGGGAGUUAGGAUUAUUUCUCCCCUUUCAAAAUCCUGUUUAAGUCUCUUAAAGCAUGUCUCAUGAUGUUUGGGUCUGCAAAUCAUUAGUUCUGCAAACUUCAUGGCAAAUCCCUUCCCCCCAAUUUUGUUCCAGUCUGAUGUGGAGAAGAUGCUGAAAAAUUGAAAAUACUCAUUUCAUGUUCCUAACACAAGUUAAAACUGAAUUAUUCUAAACCUUCAAUUUGCAAUAGGUGCAGAUAAUCUCCUAGCAGUUGAGAGCUAAACCAAGGACAGUGGUACCUCUGGUUAUGAACUUAAGUCAUUCCGGAGGUCCAUUCUUAACCUGAAACCAUUCUUAACCUGAGGUACCACUUUAGCUAAUGGGGCCUCCUACUGCCGCCGUGCCGCCACCGCGUGAUUUCUGUUCUCAUCCUGAGGUAAAGUUCUUAACCUGAGGUAUUACUUCCAGGUUAGCAGAGUCUGUAACCCGAAGUAUUUGUAACCCAAGGUACCACUGUAAAGAGCUAGUAUGGUUGCAUUCUGUUCUAUAAAGACCCUAGAUGCAUGACUCUUUGCUCUCAAAAUACAAUGAAGUUCAUCACAGAUAUUUCUUUGACUAAAGCAGUUUUAUUUAGUCUCUCUUUCUGUUAAGUUAAGCUUUCAUGGCAUACCGUUUUGCUAUAAGAGCAAAAGAGGGAAUAAAUAAAAUUAAAUUUCAAUUUAACAAGUUGCAACUUGAAUUGAAUUGAAUUGUUAUGUCUUCAGUGGUCUGUGUUUGCCUGAGCUUGAGUCUGGAGCCCCUGGACUAAGGAAUCUGAGCAUAUGUUCUGAUUCAUGAUAUCCAAUCACAGAACAUUUCAGGAUUUGGGCCUCUGCCAUUGGCCCUUAAAUUCUGACUUAUGAUUCGCAGCUUGGAAGUUUGGACAGCCAAUCACGUUGGGAGUGGCCCAGGCCUUCAGAAAUCUAUAUAAGCAGUUGCUUUGCCCCUGUUUUCCAGUUCUGUUUGUUCAAUAAAGAUUCUUGCUAUUAUCACUGUGCCUUGCCUUGUGGGAACACUUCAUAAAUAACCAACAAAACCAGCCUUAUUUGCUCUGCUGCUGAGGGUAUAAAAAAGGCCCAGUUCACUGUCCUGCUGACCAAGGAACUCUGUUGAACACUGGCCCAUUUUUAUUCUAACAACCUAUUGAGAUAGGCUAGAUUGAGCUGGAUUUGAUGAUGUACAGCUGAAUGUGUGGAACCAGCUCCACUGAAAAGCAUUACUUUGGAGAUGAUGUGAGAUGCAGGCUCUGUUCUGUGACCUUUCACCAUUCGCACAUGCAAUCCAUCGCAUUACGUCGCAGUGAUCAAAUAAUGUAUACGCACAUGUGAACAAGACCUUGGUCUUAUGAAGAGGUCUUUUGGUUGGCUGACCCAUUGCGGAUCAUGUGCAGUUUUGUAAUAUCAGAAGAAUCAGGAAACAUACAAUAUCUGUUAACUAAAUGCACCCUUUGAUAGGCCUGGCUCCCUUAGGCACAGUGCGUGUUAAUCAGUGUUUUACUCAAGAGCCACAGCCAAAGCAGUAAUAAUUAUUCAGUGAAAUGCAUGAUUACUAUCACAAAUGCUUUCAUUCCUAAUUAUUGCUAUUAUAUUCAUGAGUCGGAAACUGAGGCGACUUCUAGGGAAGCAGCACACACAAGGUUACAUGGGAAUCUAUGCAGAGAAUUAAGCUACACACCACCAUCUCUCCCACAAUGCACUAUGUGUGCUAUACUUUUCCUACUACAGUGGAACCUUGGUUCCCAAACAGCUUAGAUGCCGAACAAAUCGGCUCCCGAAUGUAAUUGUUCCGGUUUGUGAACGUUUUUCGGAAGCCAAACAUCCGGCACAUCUUCCGUGGCUUCCGUGCCUUGGUUCUUGAACCAUUUUGGGAAUCAAACAGACUCCCGGAACGGAUAAAGUUCUGGAACCAAGGUUCCUCUGUAGUGGUAAAUGAAGCUUGCGUUCUGCAGACAUAGAUAUAUUUCUUGCAGUCUCUAGAAGGGUCUGUUCUCCCAAAGCCAAGUCUGAAGAGGCAGCUGCAUUCCCAAAGCCCAACAUUCUCUUCCACUUGCAAUGGAUUGACUUGCUCUAUAUUCAAAAGACCACUUGCUGUUAGCAUCAGUCUGUCUCAGAACCUGUCUUCAGAGGUAAAGUCAAACCAUUGUGGGGUUGCAGUGCCUGCUGUGGCUGUAGAGACUGAUAACAGGAGAGACAUGUUUUGUUGCAGCUGGGGCAGAUGAAGACGUUUCUUCUCUCUGUGCUCCUUCCAGUUCUUCCUUCCUUCCAUUCCUCCUCUGAUCAUUGCUGCGGAUGCACAACCUGACUGUCUGUCUCCAGGUGUUGUGAUCAUGUGCAAGGGCUACACGGUUGAUGUUGCCAGCCUUCGUGUAAUGUUUGCAGACAUCUUUAUAACACAGAGUUGGUCUGCCAGGGGGACUAGUGCCCAUAGAGCAUGUCCUUAAGCAUCCUGCCAUCUCCCAUUCUGCAGACAGGACCAAGCUAGCAUAGACAUCUCUGACACAGGAGUGCAAAGCUGCUGCAAAUGCAGUGGAUGUUUAGACGUUUAAUCGUGUCUGACUCUUUGUGACCUCCUGGACCAGAGCACGUCAGGCACUUCUGUCUUCCACUGCCUCCUGCAGUUUGGGCAAACUCAUGCUGGUAGCUUCAAGAACACUGUCCAACCAUCUCGUCCUCUGUCGUCCCCUUCUCCUUGUGCCCUCCAGCUUUCCCAACAUCAGGGUCUUUUCCAGGGAGUCUUCUCUUCUCAUGAGGUGGCCAAAGUAUUGGAGCCUCAGCUUCAGGAUCUGUCCUUCCAGUGAGCACUCAGGGCUGAUUUCCUUAAGAAUGGAUAGGUUUGAUCUUCUUGCGGUCCAUGGGACUCUCAAGAGUCUCCUCCAGCACCAUAAUUCAAAAGCAUCAAUUCUUCGGCGAUCAGCCUUCUUUAUGGUCCAGCUCUCACUUCCAUACAUCACUACUGGGAAAACCAUAGCUUUUACUAUACGGACCUUUGUUGGCAAGGUGAUAUCUCUACUUUUAAGAUGCUGUCUAGGUUUGUCAUUGCUUUUCUCCCAAGAAGAAGGUGUCUUUUAAUUUUGAGGCUGUUGUCACCAUCUGCAGUGAUCAUGGAGCCCAAGAAAGUAAAAUCUCUCACUGCCUCCAUUUCUUCCCCUUCUAUUUGCCAGGAGGUGAUGUUGAGCUUCAGACCAUAUUAAUGCAAAUGCAGUGCAGAGUCUCAAAUCUUUGUUUGAGACUCUUCCCUUCAAUGUAUGUUCACCACACUACCUGUCCUUGUAAAAAGGCGGGUUGUGGCAUUAACAAAUCCAUAUAGUAAUAUCCUUUUGGUUACUGUAAUGUCCUCUGCUGAAGCAAACAGUAGCUUGCUAAAACUGAAAUCGAUUGUCCCAACAAUGUGUGAUAAUUACAGAGGGCGAGAAAAGUUUCUAGUGUAGGUGGCUGCCACAUGUCACAGCACUGACAUUUCCUCCUGGUGUAGUUUCACAAACCUAUUUAUCACUUGCAACGUCAAAUGAUGGCUUGCACUUCUGAAUGGGAUACAUCAGGUGCAGCUCACAAGAUGGUGUGUCUGUGUUGCUUCACAUCACCUGAAAUCCAAAACUUUUGAGCAGGAACAUUCCACGCAUACAUUUUUUUUAAAAAACUGAGUCUACAGCUUUCAAUCUACACUCUAUGUAGAGAAACCGAGUGGUGUACCUAGAUGUGUGAACCUAUAUGGCUUGAUUCAACUUCUUAUUUCUUCUUUGCCGAUCACUCGUAGCUGAGUAAGAUUGUCUUCCAUGAACACGGUUUUAACAGUGAGUCCGUAAGUGACUGUGGAGGCCAAUUCUGGAUCCACACGUCCUUCCACAGUGGGGAUAUAGGUUUCCGGGUGGGAGUUGAUCAUGGUGAGGGUUUGCCAAGUGUGUCUUCCUCUUAGCAUGUUUCUUCCUUUCCUCCUGAGUUUGAGCGUCUUCAAAGCCCAUGACACCUUUGGUAAAGGCUGUUCUCCAAUUGGAGCACUCGCAGGCUAGUGUUACCCAAUUGUCAGUACUACAUUUUUAAAGAUUUGCCUUGAGAGAGUCUUUCAACUAAGUUGUUCCCAGCACUAGUGCAAUAGAGCUUCCAUCACACACACCCUUUGACUCCUCCAGAUGUGCUCUGGUGGGGUCAGGAGAAGCCCCAAAGCAGCCUGCAGGGGCAAGAGAGGGGAAUUUGUUCCAAUCGAGCAAGCAGAAAUGCUUCUGCUGAAAGCACAAUCUCCUCAGAGCUACUUUGAAUUGCACCCUUAAUCUCCAGAAUAUUCAUGGAAGGUGGAGACAGGAAGUUCUUUCAGCAGAGGAACUUCAAAGAGACAAUACGAAACCAAAUACCAAAUACCUCGCCCCUGCUGAAGUAUUAAUUAUGAUUGAUAUUACUUUAUUUAAUUGUGAGCUCUUAAUAAUACAGGAGCAGUGACAAAAAGAGAAUCCGAUCCAAGCACAAGUUGCCCACGCCCCAAAUAACUCUCCACUUUAGGAUAAUGACAAGGUACAAAGAGCGACUUGAGACAAACAGGUGAGAAUCACAUGGAAGGAGGUUAAAGGAACGAUAAUUUAUUCUCUGCUGUUUACACAAUGAGGACACCACCUUCGUCAGUUGGGCCUGCAGCUGUUUCCCUCAGAUUGCAUCUCCAGGAGAGUGGAGACGAGAGAGAGAGAGAGAGAGAGAGAGAGAGAGAGAGAGAGAGAGACUUCACCCUUGGAAUGCAGCCGGACUUGCUAAGCAUUUGAGACAAUUAGAGAGGGAAAACACUUGCCUGUCAUGAACAGCAGCUCUGACUCCAGUAACCACGAAACUUCAGACUAAUGUACACAGCUUUUCCCAAGCCCCUAUGAGCUAGCAUACCAUGCCCGCCCACAUUUCUCCAGUGAAAAGAGGGACAGCCUAUUUCAUAAUCAUAAUCCUUACAAUUUCAUUAUUUGUACCCCAUCCAUCUGAAUGGGUUACCUCAGCCACUCUAGGUGGCUUCCAACAUAUAUAAAAACAUAAUAAAACACUAAACUUUAAAAAAACAAAACACCCUUCCCUAUACAAUGGUACCUCGGGUUACAAACACUUCAGAUUACAUACGCUUCAGGUUACAGACUCCGCUAACCCAGAAAUAGUACCUCAGGUUAAGAACUUUGCUUCAGGAUGAGAUCAGAAAUUGUGCCCCGGCAGCGCGGCGGCAGCGGGAGGCCCCAUUAGCUAAAGUGGUGUCUCAGGUUAAGAACAGUUUCAGGUUAAGAACGGACCUCCGGUACGAAUUAAGUACUUAACCUGAGGUACCACUGUACAGGGCUGCCUUCAGAUGUCUUCUAAAGGCUACAUAGUUACUUAUCUCCUUGGCUCAGGGGUUGCAUAACUCCAUGUCCUGCAAUAUUCCUCCAAUGAAAAUAGGGAUGUCGUAAGGAAAAGCAGGACAUUCCGGGAUCAAAUCAGAAACCAAGACGGCUUCUGUAAAUCCGGGACUGUCCCUGGAAAAUAGGGACACCUGGAGGGUCUGGCAUACUUUUCGGAGCUAAAACUUUGAAGCACACUUGUUUUGAAAGACUUGUUUUGGGGAGUAUAAACACACUCAGAAGAGCUGCCCCCAUGUUUCUGCAGGAAUCCCUGUUCUGGGUGUGCCUGAUGACUAGGUGAAGCCUAAAACUUUCAGGUAAAGAUGGGCAGGCAUUCUGCUUUGACGUCGGGUCAUCUCUACACUGGAAGCGAUCGAAUGAUUCACUGUCAUGUUCAGAGAUGCAGCAUGGUUUCAGAGCCAGAUUGGAAGGAGAGGAAGGGAUGUAGAUCAGCAGCAGAGUUCAGUGUAUGCCAUCUCCACCAGUACAUGGUCCAAUAAGCAGUAUAAGGCUGCUUCCUAUUUUCCAAGGAAGCAAAGACAGAGAAUUCAUUUGUGUAAAGGUGUAGCUGACAAGUGUCUCUGUAGGUCAGUAGCUUGGGCUAAGAGAAGCCCUGACAUUAUUUACCAUAUUUUUUGUUCUAUAAGACUCACUUUUUCCCUCCUAAAAAAUAAGGGGAAAUGUGUGUGCAUCUUAUGGAGCGAACGCAGGCUGUGCAGCUAUCCCAGAAGCCAGAACAGCAAGAGGGAUUGCUGCUUUCACUGCUCAGUGAUCCCUCUUGCUGUUCUGGCUUCUGAGAUUCAAAAUAUUUUUUUUCUUGUUUUCCUCCUCCAAAAACUAGGUGCAUCUUGUGGUGGUGCGUCUUAUAGAGUGAAAAAUACACUUAUUUCCCUGACAGAGCCAGCUCAGCCAUUAGGGAGACUGAGGAGGCUGUCCAGGUCCCAUCGCCAAUGCAGAAGUGGUGCCAAUAUUGGCCAAAAUCACGUUAGAUCUUUCAAAGUGGGCAAGACCUUGCGAGAUGUAAUAAUAAUAAGAUAUUUAUUUAUACCCCACCCAUCUGGUUGGUUUCCCCAGCAACUCUGGGCAGCUCCUCACAGAAUAUUAAAAAUACAAUAAAACAUCAAACAUUAAAAACUUCGCUAAACAGGGCUGCCUUCAGAUUUCUUCUAAAAGUCAGGUGGUUGUUUAUUUCUUUGACAUCUGGUGGGAGGGCGUUCCACAGGGCGGGCGCCACUACCGAGAAGGCCCUCUGCCUGGUUCUCUGUAGCCUCACUUCUCGCAAUGAGGGAACCGCCAGAAGGCCCUCGGAGCUGAAUGAUGGAGGUAGAGAUGCUCCUUCAGGUAUACUGAGCUGAGGCCGUUUAGGGCUUUAAAGGUCAGCACCAGCACUUUGAAUUGUGCUUGGAAACGUACAGGGAGCCAAUGUAGGUCUUUCACGACUGGUGUUAUAUGGUCUCGAGCAAGAUCUCAGCCAAAAUUAGCACGCUUCUCCACUAGUGGCAGAGGUGGCAGGCAGGGAAGUGGGGACAAACAGCAGCAGGUGAGCCAGGACAGGACAAUGGACACUUUCCAUUUCAACUGGUGGCAAAACAGGAUGUUCCGACCCUGAUUCCUGAUUUGACCCUGCCCCGACUUAGCAUGUAUAAUUGAGAGUUACUAUCAAUGGAAAGAACCCUUUUGGUAGUUCUUCCAUCAGAACCUGGGGGUGGGGUGCCCUGUAAGAGGGCAUUUGCUGUGCAGACUCUUAAGUUGUGGGACUCUCCACAGAAGGGCAACUGGAAACUUCACGAUAUGAUUUUCAGUGAACGUUGAUUACACACCUUUCUUUCUUUCUUCCUUUCUUCCUUUCCUUUCCUUUCCUUUUAUAUAUAUAUUUUAUUAAAUUUUCUAAAUUACAUUUCAAAAUAUUCACUUAAACAACCUUAAAUCAAUGACUUCCCUUCUUCUCUUUCCGUGGUUUGUUUUGCAUACCAUACAUCCCUGCAUAUUUUACAUGAACUAAACUGUUCAUUAAUCCAUUGUUGUUACGGUACAUCCAUCAAAACUUAUUUACACUGUUGAAUUUAUCUUAAUGCUACCAGCAUUUUUAAAUGAACGCAAUAUUCACCCAUAUGUUCAGUAAACAUUUUCCAGUCUUCUUUAAACGUGCAUUCUUCUUGCUCUCUUAUUCUAUAUGCUAGGUCCGCGAGCUGUGCGUAUUCCAUCAGUCUAAGUUGCCACUCUUCUUUGGUUGGGACCUCGCACGUUUUCCAUUUUUGGGCUAACAAAACACGGGCUGCAGUAGUAGCGUACAUAAAUGGUCUUUUUUGACACCUGGGAAUUUCCCUCUGAAUUAUCCCCAACGAAAAGGACUCUGGUUUUUUCCCGAAAGGUACUUUUAAACAUUUUUUUCAAUUCAUUAUAUAUCAUUUCCCAAUAUUCUUUUGCCCUUUUACAAGUCCACCACAUAUGAUAAAACGUACCCUCAACCUAGUUACAUCUCCAGCACGACACACCUCUUUCCCCUGAAUAGUGUAUAGUUUUAAGAUCCACUGUGUUUUUGUGAUUGUAAGUUAGAAUCAUAGAAUUGUAUAUCAGACUAGUCCAACCCUCUGGAAUGCAGGAAAUGUUGUGUUUUGAUUGUUGUAACCUGCCCUAUGACUUUAGGGUGAAGGCUGGGUAAUAAAUUAAAACAGCAGCCACAACAACAACAACAACAACAACAACUUGUAGAUCCAUAGCCCAGCACUUAAUGCAAAGCAACUAUGCAGAUUUUUUUUAAAAUAAAAAUGUGAAAAUGUUUAUUUUAAAAUGCUACAUGAUAAGCCAGCGUGGGAAAAAACACACUGCCUUGAUGCCCUUUUAAGCCCUCUAAGCUAGAAGUUUUCCGGAUGCUUGACAACCCUAAUGAGGAGAACUUUGAACAAACACUCUUAAACUAAGCAAUAUAGAGAAGCUUAUUUAAUGGCAAUAUUUUGUGCGGUGGGCUUAAAAAAAAAAUACCCCUGAAAUUUACACACAGCCAUACUUGAUUCAGAGUGAAAACAAACAUUUAAACUUCAAUGGCUUUGGUCUAGGAUGCCUUAGGGAUUAAGGGAUGCAGGUGGCGCUGUGGGUUAAACCACAGAGCCUAGGACUUGCCGAUCAGAAGGUUGGCGGUUCGAAUCCCCACAACAGGGUGAGCUCCCGUUGCUCAGUCCCUGCUCCUGCCAACCUAGCAGUUCAAAAGCACGUCAAAGUGCAAGUAGAUAAAUAGGUAACACUCCAGCGGGAAGGUAAAUGGCAUUUCCAUGUGCUGCUCUGGUUCGCCAGAAGCGGCUUAGUCAUGGUGGCCACAUGACCCAGAAGCUGUACGCUGGCUCCCUUGGCCAGUAAAGCGAGAUGAGCACCACAACCCCAGAGUCGGCCACGACUGGACCUAAUGGUCAGGGGUCCCUUUACCUUUACCUUAGGGAUUCUUCCCCCCCCCCAAUACUAUCCUGUUUCCUAAGAUCAGAAGGAGAAAUCUGCCUCCAUGUUCUUCCUAGAGUGAAAAUGACUGGGUGCGCAAGAGUCUGAGACUUUUCUCGGUGACUUUACCCAUGUUAUAGAACAACUUGUCACAUGAAAUGUGGUUGCCCCCCACCUCACAGUGUUUUACACGUCACUGAAGACCUUUCCAUUCCAGGAGGCUUUUACUUUAUGAGGCAGAUAGUAUUUUAUGAGCUUUAUUUUAACUGUUGACCUUUAUCUUUUCUGUGCAAUUGUUUCAUAUAUUUUUUAAAAGAAAUGUUAAUGUUUGAUGUUGCAAGCUGCCCCGAGUGGUCCUUUUACACCAGCAGGGCAGGAAAGAAAUGGUUCAAUAGCUGUUGCUUUAGCCACAGUGCAGAGAAUACUACCUACAUGCAUAUAUUAAUUUAUUCAUCCACAAGGGGUAGGGGGAGGUUAUUUUAAAUGUAUGCUGACUAGUACUGAAAUGGAAACAUUGUUUUUUGAAAGCAGUUCAAAUAGUAAAACAAAGAGCAACAUUUGUCCCCACUACGGUGGUGGUUUAUUUGUUUGUUUAACAAAAUCAGUAAUAGUAGUAGUAGUAAUAAUAAUAAUAAUAAUAAUAAUAAUAAUAAUAAUUAAAGGUUCUGCAAACAAUGCAGAAAAAGCAUGGAAUUCCCAUGCAGAAGCAAGGAACUUGUAAUUUAUUAUAAUAAAAAGCCAGUGUGAUAUCUUUGCAAAGAAAUGCUAAAGCUCCAAGUCUCCACUCAGUCACCCUGGCAAUGAUAUUUUUUAAGAGAACAGAAAUUAGACUUUUUUCCCUUCCCUAUAUGUUGCUCUAUACAAACCCAUGGUGCUUCCUUCUUUUAUAACUGGGCCAAUUCAUUUUUUCACACACAGGAAAAAACUUCACUAUAGGGGGGACGAUUAUAUAUUUAGAGGGCUGCUGUAAGAAUUACUAAAUCAAUUGACGUAAAGCACUUCAGGAUUUGAAGACUGCUACAUAAAACCUGAGCAUUUUAUGAUCAGUGUUAAAACAUACCUAGCAAGUGUUCAAGACCAUGGGACAACACAGUGUAUUAACAGUCAUUUGUCUUUUUCAGUUAGAGUCUGUUAUGGGAGUGGGAGAUAACGGCUUCUUCAGCAGAGGAAUUCAAAACUAUUAUAUUUUUUCCGCAUUCCAAAAAAAAUAACUAUCCCCACAGCUGCGAGAUGUAUUGUGGAUUGUUUAAUAAAAUCUCCAUGGAACACAUGUGCAAGCUCCGAUCUUGCAACAUCUUGGUGCCCAAAAUAAAUUUCCUUACCAUAGCAAGCAAACUUUCAACUUUUAUGUAUGCUGGUGUUUUGUUUUGUUUUUCCUUUUGAAAUGCAGCUGCAAUAGAAACUAGCAAAUGAGACCUUGUGCCUUUCUACUACUCAGCAUAGUGCACCCUCCCCAAAAAAUUCAUUGCAAAAUUCUGACCUUACAUUCUGAAAGGUGAACUGUUCACAUGCUGAACCAAAAUAGAGUACCGUAUUUUUCACUCUAUAAGACACACCAGACCACAAGACGAGCCUAGUUUUUGGAGGAGGAAAACAAGAAAAAAAUAUUCUGAAUCUCAGAAGCCAGAACAGCAAGAGGGAUCGCUAUGCAAUGAAAGCAGCAAUCCCUCUUGCUGUUCUGGCUUCUGGGAUCGCUGCACAGCCUGCAUUCACUCCAUAAGACGCACACACAUUUCCCCUUACUUUUUAGGAGGGAAAAAGUGAGUCUCAUAGAUAAAAAAAUACGGUACAUCUUAGGGUCCUUCAUAAAUACAGUUUCCUCACCCACAGAAGCAAACCAAUUUGAUUAUGCUUUCUUGUAAUUUCUUGGGAAUUACAUAAAUAUCAGCAGAACCUCAUUUACAACUCGCCCUGCUGUUGUCAGAAACGAAUAUGACCUUAUCUCAAAAAGGAGACACAUAAAAGGUAGACAGAUGGUACUAUAAUGGUAAAGACUUUGAGCCCCACUUUGGGUGAAAGAUUCCUGCGUUUCAGGGGGUUGGACUAGAUGACUCAUGUGGUCCCUUCCAACUCUACAAUUCUGUGAUCCUGUACAUGGAGGAGCUAAUCCAGAGGAUGUGGAAAUUAUUGCAUUCUAUUUUCAAACCUUGGUUGUCGAACGUAAUCCAUUCCAGAAGAUAAAAUACUGAGGCUGAUAAAAGCUGAAUAAAAACUGAUAAAACUAAUAAAAACUAAUAAAAACCGCACAACUGCUGCGGAGCUCAAGUCAGUGCUUCCACUAACGACGCCAUCUUGGAUCUCCUCCUCCCCAUUCCAGAAGCCCAUUCGGUUUCCGAAAUGUUCAACAACCGAGGCAUGGCUUCUGAUUGGCUGCAGGAACUUCCUGCACUCAAGCGGAAGCCACAUUGGACGUUCGGCUUCCAAAAAAAUGUCAAAAAAACGGAACACUUACUUCCGGGUUUUUGGCGUUCAGGAGCCGAAACAUUCCAAAAUGGAGGCGUUUGGGAACCAAGGUUUGACUGUACCUGGUUCAUGACAAAGUAGAUAUUUGAACCAAGGGCACUAAUAUGUAGCUUAGCCACAACUUGUGGCACUUGUCACCUCGAGUGAUUUCUCAUUGUUUCAGUGCUUCGGAAAUUCAGAAAUGGUAAUUGUAGAUAGGAGAUCCACCACUUUCUAGUUCCAAGCUGGAAUUAAUGGAACUAAUUCAACAGAAAGAAUUCUACACUGCUAUCAGCCACAAGUCACUCAGUUGGAGGUCCUCUUCACAUGUUAUCAUGAGUGGAGUGGUCCUCCCUCCUGUACUUUGCUCACGUAAACCUGCAUGCAGGCAACCUGUCCACAUCUUUAGAGAAUGCCUUUGCCAAAGUCAUAUGCCUUUUGACAACUUAUGCUGAACACACAUACAGAGCAAGAAUAAGAACAGAUAUAUCUGAACAAUUCAAAGUGUUGGUGCUGACCUUUAAAGCCCUAAAUGGCCUCAGCCCAGUAUACUUGAAGGAGCGUCUCCACCCCCAUCCUUCAGCCCAGACACUGAGGUCCAGCAUCGAGGGCCUUCUGGUGGUUCCCUCACUGUGAGAAAUGAGGUUACAGGGAGCCAGGCACAGGGCCUUCUCAGUAGUGGCACCCGCCCUGUGGAAUGCUAACCCAUCAGAUGUCAAGGAAAUAAACAACCACCUGACUUUUAGAAGACAUCUGAAGGCAGCCCUGUUUAGGGAAGUUUUAAUGUUUGAUGUUUUAUUCUGUUUUUAGUCUUCUGUUGGGAGCCGCCCAGAGUGGCUGGAGAAACCCAGCCAGAUGGGUGGGGUAUAAAUAAUAAACUAGGAGGAGGAGGAGGAGGAGGAGUAUAAUUCCAUUCCUAUGAAUAUGUGUGAAGUUGCCUCUGGCUGCUUUGCCGGAAAAGGGAAUUUCAUCUGCUGUAAUGAGGCCUUUCCUGCCAACCUAGCAGUUCGAAAGCACGUCAAAGUGCAAGUAGAUAAAUAGGUACCACUCCAGCGGGAAGGUAAACGGCGUUUCCGUGCGCUGCUCUGGUUCGCCAGAAGUGGCUUAGUCAUGCUGGCCACAUGACCCAGAAGCUGUAUGCCAGCUCCCUCAGCCAAUAUAGCGAGAUGAGCGCCGUAACCCCAGAGUCGGCCACGACUGGACCUAAUGGUCAGGGGUCCCUUUACCUUUACCUAAUGAGGCAUUAGUCUCCUGUUCUUUCCAACAUUGAAACAUAAAUUAUCAACACUGCAAUGUGAUUUAGAUACCCAAGAUUGUCCUCUGGUCACACUAAGCCCCUCAAAGACAAAUAUUCUUUCCUCGAUUCUCUAAAUGCUGCUCUUAUUUCUGUGCCACUAUUACACAGACUGUUUCCACAACUAGCUGUGGGGUUCUUUUCCUCACCAACAGCAGUAGAAACUGAUCGCUGAGGAGAAAAGUGGAGCAAAGACCAAGUGUAACAUCCCGUUCCCUGCAAUCCACAGGACUACAGGCUAGUCUCUGUGACCUGCUCACUGCCUGCAUCUUCAGCAACUAUCAGGAGGCUCCCUGUCUGUGUACACAGCUAUUAAAGCUGCUUUGCUAUAGACAAGUAUUCAUCCAGUUCUGAAAGGGGAUGGAACUGGGCCAGGCAGCAACUAUCCCUGUCAGGCAAGAGGAGCCAAAUGGUGAAAGCAGUCUGACCAGCUUGGCGUGCUUUUUUUUGCUUUUAGCUCCGGGGGAUAAGUUCCAACUGCACCUGUUCCUGCCUCUAUCUGAAUGUCACAUGUGGGGACAAGAUGCUUCGAUUCAUAAAAUAGUACCCAAAAGGAUCAGAAUACAGUGGUACCUCGGGUUAAGAACUUAAUUUGUUCUGGAGGUCCGUUCUUAACCUGAAACUGUUCUUAACCUGAGGUACCACUUUAGCUAAUGGGACCUCCCGCUGCCACCGCGCAAUUUCUGUUCUCAUCUUGAAGCAAAGUUCUUAACCCGAGGUACUAUUUCUGGGUUAGCGGAGUCUGUAACCUGAAGCGUCUAUAACCCGAGGUACCACUGUACAGCAGGCUUGGGUUAAUAGCCCUUGGCUGUAAAUUGGUCUGGCAUAUUCUUCUCACAGUCUUGUCAUUAAUCUUCAGGAAAUACUCUGUGUGUUUUAUGACAAAGCAAUUCCUGUCCUGCUGCCCCCCUCAUCUCCAGUUCUUCAGCUCCAGCUUUUCUGGUUUGAUGAGAGCUAUCUGGGAGAGCUUUUUAAAAAUGUUAACAAACUAAAGAGAGGACUCUGUUUCUGAAAUAUACUCGGAGUCGAGAGUGGAUUUCAUGCUCUUUAUUCAGCUCAUAGUGGUGAGGAGGAAUGGAAGUUCCCCCAGAAUGUCUGCUUUAUAUACAUUAUUUACACAAUGGGCCCCACGUGAUUGGCUAAUUCCAGGAUUCUCCUGUAGGCCAAUCAGGUUGUGGAUUCACUUCCAUCUGGAGCUGGAUUGGGUGGCUCCUGUGGACCAAUCAGACUGCUGCAUUCUGGGUCCUAUUGUUCUAGGACCAAUCAGACGGCUGCAUUUUGGAUCCUAUUCAACUCAGUACAUAACAGUUUCUCAUUUAUCUACCUCAGGAGACACCAGCAGCAUGGUUCACAUGUGCCUCCAGAGGUCUUCUCCAGAAACCACAAACCUUCCUUUCCCUGAUGAAAUUAGGCAACAAAUGCUUGUUGUAGCCAUUUAACAUGAUAUUUUAAGAUAAUAUGCAAUAAUGACAGUGUUAUAAAUACGCAUUAUAUGCAGAUAUGCUGAUCAGAGGGCUAGUUUGGUUCUGGCUGGCUGUCAGGUGUUUACCUAGUGGCAUACCUGGGAUGCAGGUGGCGCUGUGGUCUAAACCACUGAGCCUCUUGGGCUUGCCAAUCAGAAGGUUGGCGGUUCGAAUCUCCGAUUUGGGGUGAGCUCCCAUUGCUCUGUCCCAGCUCCUGCCAACCUAGCAGUUCAAAAGCACACCAGUGCAAGUAGAUAAAUAGGUACCACUCUGGCAGGAAGGUAAAUGGCAUUUCCGAGCGCUCUGGCUUCCAUCACGUGUUCCUUUGCGCCAUAAGUGGUUUAGUCAUGCUGGCCACAUGACCCAGAAAGCUGUCUGCAGAUAAACACCGGCUCCCUUUGCCUGAAAGUGAGAUGAGCGCCACAACCCCAUAGUCGCCUUUGACUGGACUUAACCAUCCAGGGGUCCUUUACCUUUACCUUUUACCUGUGCCUGGGGUUCCUACCACAUUAUGUGUGAAAUGUGUUUGGAGGAAUCAGAGAAUUGUAGACCCAUGAGGGCAUUUAUUGCAACCCCCAGCAACGCAGUAAUCUUUUACCCUUUGAACCCAUGACCCUGACAUUGAGUUCCUUGCUCUCAGGACUGAGCUAUAAAAGCUGAUGUAUAACUAACCCUCCCACAAUGUGAGCAAUUAAAAUGCAAUACUGCAAGCAAAGUGUAAAUAGAAAAUGGAUCGUUGCCACAAUUGGUUAAAGUACAGCCCCUCUGCUUUUAUGCAGAAUUGUUUUAUUCAUGCUUUUGGUUUCAAUGUAUGAUGCUGAUAUUAGAUAGGGAUGCGGGUGGCGCUGUGGCCUAAACCACUGAGCCUCUUGGGCUUGCUGAUCAGAAGGUUGGCGGUUCUAAUCCCCGUAACAGAGUGAGCUCCCUUUGCUCUGUCCCAGCUUCUGCCAACCUAGCAGUUCGAAAGCACACCAGUACAAGUAGAUAAAUAGGUACCACUACAGCGGGAAGGUAAACGGUGUUUCCGUGCACUCUGGUUUCCGUCACGGUGCCCCAUUGCGCAAGAAACGGUUUAGUCAUGCUGGUCACAUGACCCGGAAAGCUGUCUGCGGACAAACGCCGGCUCCCUUGGCCUGAAAGCGAGAUGAGUGCCACAACCCCAUAGUCGCCUUUGACUGGACUUAACCGUCCAGGGGUCCUUGACCUUUACCUUUCCUUUACCUUUUUACCUUAUGAUGCUGAUUUUAGUAAUUUGAAUGGUACUUGCUAUAUUUUAUUUCUUUUUGUAAGCUGCUUUGAGUUUUAUUUUAAAAGUGGGGUAUAAAUUUUUGAAGCGCGCGCGCAAACACACAUAACAUCAGGGAUGAAAAGGUUAAGCUCUGUAUUAUUCCUCCUUGAUCCUUACCUCAAAGGGAUUCUGGUAUGUUACUUGGUUGCGGAAAAGCACAAGCUGGUUUCAUGUAACUGUGCAUAACAAAGGAGCCCCAGUCUGGGGUCAGACUUCCUUAAGAAAAGCAUUCCUUUAGGAAAGCAGGGAAAUCGUUCUAUAGCCUGCAAGAGAAGAGAGACCAACUUGAGCAAUCCAAAACACUGGGAUUUGAUCCCAGGUGAAAAUUGAACACAUCAGUGUACAUCCAAGUCUUCCCUGCCCCAGAGACUGCAAAAGGUCAAACGCCAAGUCAACUGCGGCUUUGAUGACAACAAUUUUAGUUCAUUCCUAUGCUUUGAGGGGAGGCUGGGACAUGAGCUUUAGUGCAGUGCAGCUCAGGAAAGUGCCAAAGCUGGCUUAGCAUUUUUCAUUGAGAUUUUAACCAUGUGACAUAGAGAGAACAUAUUAUUCAGGAACAAAAUGGAAGAUUAUAGCAAGUGCUAGGAACUGCCAUCAACUAGAAUUCCGUUUUUUUUAUAUAUAUAAUCCUCAUAGAAAGGUGCAGAAAAAUCUCGGCAGUUUACAACACACACGCCAUACAUCUUCUCAAACCAUUGACAGUUCCCACCAAAGAUCUAGAGCAGGGUUUCUUCAGCUGUUUUUGGACUACACUUCUCAUCAUCCCUGACCACUGGUCCUGCUAGCUGGGGAUAAUGGGAGUUGUAGUCCGAAAACAGCUGGAGUCCCAAGUUUAAGAAACCCUGAUCUAGAGCAUGUGCUCAUAAUACAUAGUAUACCGUAUUUUUUGCUCCAAAAGACGCACUUUUUUCCUCCUAUAAAGUAAGGGGAAAUGUGAGUGCGUCUUACGGAGUGAAUGGCGCUGUGCAGAGAGGUAGAGCUGCGCAGUGCCCCUUCAGCAAAGCGGGAGGAGGAACGGAGCCCCUUCUGUUCCUCCUCCCGCUUCGCUGAAGGGGCGCUGCACAGCUCUCCCUAUCUGCGCAGCACCUCUCCAUGAAGGCAGGGUGAGCCUUCAUCCUGCUGCCUGAGAGAGGCUGCGUACGGCUAUCCUAUAAGCCAGGACAGCAAGAGGGAUCGCUACACAGCUAUCCCACUUGCUGUCCUGGCUUCUGUCUUAGCCCCGCGCAGCCUCUUCCGGGCAGGGGGAGCCUUCACCCCGCUGCCCUGAAGAGGCUUGGCGCAGUUAUCCCAGAAGCCAGAACAGCCACACGGUAUCCCAGAAGCCAGAUCCCUCUUGCUGUUCUGGCUUCUGGGAUUCAAAAUAUUUUUUUCCUUGUUUUCCUCCCCCCAAAACUAGGUGCGUCUUAUCAUCUGGUGCGUCCUAUAGAGCGAAAAAUACAGUAAUCUACCUGCCCAUCACACACCACAUACUCCCUAGGCCCUUCUCCACACGGCUUUGCAUGCACAAUUUUUUUUCUCCCAGGAACUCUGUAAACCUUAGGUUUUCUGCCUGUCACUUCCAGAGCAUGUGUCUGGCAUGCUGUUUGCUGGGUCAACACAUUGCACAGGCCUGCCUUGCAGCAUUCUAGCAAGGUAGAUCAGGAUCAUCAUUGCUUCAAUGCAGAUAUGAGGCUGAGAUAAUAGUGGCUGGUGCAAGGCUACCUGGUCCAAUAUGGCUGAAUUGAGAUCUGAACAGGGGUGUAUUUGGGUAAUAUUUUGUCAUAUGGUGCCCUGCGUGAGGCCAAAAUCUGGCAUCCCCAAAUGGAUCUUCUCAGUGCUAUUUUUCUAGAAAAAGAGGUGCUGGAACUCGCCAUGAAUGCCUCCCUUGUUCUCUUAUAAUGGAAAUGGUGCCCACCUGAGAGGUGAGUUCCACUGUGUUCCAGCUGGAGGAAAAACCUGGAUCUUCUCAAUUAUUGAUCUUCUCAAUUUUGCGUCUCCUUGGCUUGGCACACUGUGCAGGGGAACGGCCCACACUGCCUGAAAUCCAACGCUGAUCUGAACUUUAAAUUUCCCUGGUCACGUGCUCUUAACAUCAAGUCAGCAGCAGCACUAAUGAUUUCGGCCAAGACAAUGGACAUCAAACAUCUGUCAAAGGUCUUGGGCCUCUGGAUGUCGGCCGCUCAUGUCACGCCUUGGUCAAGACGCCGUGCCAGAGUUCUUCAGUGGUUUCUGCUGCCCCACCAGUAGGCAAUUACUCACAACCAGCGAAGACUGCUCAAAAUGCAUUGUGAGUGUCUCUGGGACUUUUGUCAUUCGCAGUGGUUGUAGGAAAAAGAAUCCCACCCAUGCAGUGAUCAAAUGAUGGAAAAGGCUUUCGACAUGGUAACAUAGGCAGAUCCAUGGUCCAUGUGAUCUUAACACAUGCACCGCUGCAGCAGCAGCCAACAUGGUGCUCAACUAGGGCUUGUUGAACUCCCAUAAUUCCUGGCCGCUGGCUAUGCAGACUGGGGCUGAUGGGAGAUGUAGUCCACAAACAACUGGAGGAGCCGAUGUCGGCUGCUCCAGAGUCUUCAGACUCUUCAGAGUCGUAAAAAGUGAAGCUGGAAAGGGUCUGUUCUGCAUAAAGUCAGCCGGCCUCUAUUCUGAAAGUCAAUCCAUUUUAAACCUAAGCAUGUGGGGGGGUCUAGUGACUAUUAAACGAUGAUGCUUGAAAGGCUCGCCUGCAUUACUCAGAUAAAAAAUGUUCAAUUAUUACUUUAUAUAUUGCAGAUAUAGAUCUUUACAUUCAUGCCAGGAGUAAGCUAUGGUUCAAAUUAAGCUGCAGUGAAACCUGUCAACAUAUAAUCUAAAGAACAUGCAGUGAGCGAGAAGGGGCAGAAAUUUCCUCAAGUGUGAUCUUGAGGCCAAUGUGCCCUCCCCCCAAAAAAGGCUGCAUAAUUUCUGAGCAUGUUUAUUCUACUCAAAUAUUUGUUGUCCCAACUCUGCUCUGUUGUCUAGCACCAGCGCUUUUGCCAGUCAGCAAAUGAUCUGGUGAGCUUCCUGUUUUUCAGACGUGUAACUUCCACAUAGUGCAAUAUUUAGGACAAGAGAUUGUGACUCAACAAUUUUUGGUGGCUGGCGUAUAGUAUUUGCUGUGACAUAAUUUGCCAACAAGUGAUGAAUGGAAGAUCUUCUGUUGUGGGUUUUGUAGCACCAGCUACGAAAGAACAUUUCUACCAAUGAAAAUGAUUCACCUUAAGGCAAACCUGUUACCUUCCACAUGUUGCAGAACUCCAAAUCCCAUCAUCCAACUCCCAGUCUAUAGGCCAUACUGACUAAGAGUAAUGGGAGUUGGAGUUGAACAACACCUACACUUUCCCAUUCUUUCUAUAAAGAAGAGUCUUCUAGGAGGCUGUUAUGUACUGAGUUGAAUAGGAUCCAAAAUGCAGCAGUCUGAUUGGUCCUAGAACAAUAGGAUUCAGAAUGCAGCAGCCUGAUUGGUCCUAGAAUAAUAUGCUCCAGAAUGCAGCAGUCUGAUUGGUCCUAGAACAAUAUGCUCCAGAAUGCAGAAGUCUGACUGGUCCACAGGAGCCACCCAAUCCAGCUCCAGGUGGAAGUGAAUCCGCAACCUGGUUGGCCUACAGGAGAAUCCCGGAAUUAGCCAAUCACGUGGGGCCCAUUGUGUCAAUAAUGUAUAUAAAGCAGACAUUCUAGGGGAACUUCCUUUCCUCCUCACCACUAUGAGCUGAAUAAAGAGCAUGAAUUCCACUCUCGACUCCGAGUAUAUUUCAGAGGCAUUCAGACUUAUAAAUAUUUUUCUCUUUCAUUGACAAUGUGGGGUGAGUUUUAUGUAUUAUAAUGUGUUGUGCCUCACCUUUCUGGCUCAUACGGGGCCUCCAGGGCUCAUAAGCAUGUCAGAAUAAAAUAAUGAGGAUCAGAAGGUGGAAACAAAUUUCCAACACUGUAUCACAACAAGGCAACACACCUACACAUUCUCAGGACACCUGUUUAACGGAGAGAUUGAGCAACACUGUUUCCCCUGUUACCUGAAGAUUAUUCUUUACUUUUUUUUUUAAAGAUAUUUAUUAAAGUUUCAACAUACUACAAAAAUGAGAGAAAAAAGUAAAAAAAAAAAUGAAAUGAAAAUACAAAGUAAAAACAGUUAAAAACAAAUCAGUCUUUCCAUAUCUUAUCUUUCAUUUGCUUGUUUCCCUGACCUCCUCACACCUCCCUUUUUUGUAUUCCAGUUCAAUUAGUUAAUUCAGCAAUUCCUUUCCCUCUUUGGUUUUAUCUUAAUCUUCCAUCUUAAUAUAUUAUAACUUUAAAUUAUCACCUAUUAACAAUCCAUUUUUACAUAUUCCUUUAUAACAUUGCUACUAAAAACCACUUAACUUCAAUCCAACAUCAUUCUAACAUUCAUUAAUUUUGCAGUGUUUCUGUAAAUAGUUUUUAAAUUUCUUCCAAUCUUCUUCCACCGACUCUUCUCCCUGGUCUCGGAUUCUGCCAGUCAUUUCCGCCAGUUCCAUAUAGUCCAUCACCUUCAUCUGCCAUUCUUCCAGAGUGGGUAAAUCUUGUGUCUUCCAAUAUUUUGCGAUAAGUAUUCUUGCUGCUGUUGUGGCAUACAUAAAGAAAGUUCUAUCCUUCUUUAACACCAAUUGGCCAACCAUGCCCAGGAGAUUACACCCUGAGUAAGACUAAAUGUUCUUAUAUCUGUAGGGGGCAGAGAACUCUUGUGUUAGGCCUUCAGCAGACUCUCCAAGUCUCCCUAUUUUCCAGGGACAGUCCCAGAUUUACAGAAGCCAUCCCAGUUUCUGAUUUGAUCCAGGAAUAUCCCGCUGUUAAUUAGGACGUCCUUAUUUUCAUCGGAGAAAUGUUGGAAGAUAUGAAGUUAAUCUGACCCCCAAGCCACCUGAAGGCAGCCAUGUAUAGGAAAGGUUUUUUAAUGUUUAGUGUUUUAUUAUGUUUUUAUAGAUGUUGGAAGCUGCCCAGAGUGGCUGGGGCUACCCAGUCAGAUGGGUGUGGUGUAAAUAAUAAUAAUAGAAGUAAUAAUAAAAUGUCCUUUUUCAUCGGAGAAAAGUUGGAGAGGAUGCAUCAGUUCUCUGACAUGAACGAUUGAGUUCCCGGUCAGUCACUUGUCUGUGGAAUAUUUGCUUGAAGGAAGGAAGAGCACUGGGCUGUAAUGAAACUGAAAGAACAUAUUUCAUAUUUUAUCUUUUAUUUUAUCAGCAGGGGAAGUUUGUGUCUAUAACUUGCAGGAAGCAAUAUUCAACAUAAUGGGUAUGCCUUAAGACAACAAUAGCUUUUCUAGAUAACUCUGAACUUGUCAAAAUGGCCCAAGGCUAUUCUUAUCAGCUUCCUGGAAGAACAUCAAGGAGUACUGGCAAGAUUAGGACUUUGGGAGAUAUUGUAGAUAUUGUAGCCUUUUAAUCAAAACUGGUUGUGCAGUUGCAUAUUACGGACCUAGCUUAGUUAUAAUCUUUUAAAGCUCUUAGAACCAUCUCCUCCAUAUGAUCCUACCAGGUCCCAUCACACAUAAUUGAUCACAAGAUGUGGUGCACACAAACCAUUUCAAUGGCAAUGCCCAUCAACUUUGGGGGGACCUGGCACCCUCAAAUAUUUGGGGGCUGAAGGGACCUCAGCACCUAGGAGCUUGCUUCGAUCCACACUGCCCAGGCUUGUGCGUGAGGCGGCAGUUAUGAGUUAAUCGGGUCCUCCCUUAAAGAGGGCAUGUGUUGCGGUGAGACUUGGACAACCGACACCCUGUGUUGUGGGUGAGUGGGUACAUUUGGAUAGCCACAACACCCGAUUGGUAGGUCCCUUGAUGCAGGGUUCAAUCAGGCCAAUGGGACGCCGCUAAACGGAUCAAGGGACCUAUAUAUACCUAUGCACAUGACCCAGAGCUUCCUCUUUUGGUUUGUGCAUCGGAACACCCGCCCACCUUUCCCUAUAUUUAGGGCUGUGCGCUCGACCUUGCUGUGCCGUCGUGUGUCGUCUGUCGUUGGGACAGGGGCACGGCAGGAAUUUUCCCCACUUGGUUGAUUGGCUGGUGCCAUUUGGGUUUUGCCUGCCGUGUAGCAAAUCAUCACAACUUGUAAGGUUGCGGAUAGGCUCUGGUUCAGGUGAUAGGGAUGGGAGAACGCUCUUGCCAUCCCUAUGUGAAGGGUAUUCCGUUAAAGGAAUCCAGGGACUCGAUGGUUUGGUGAACCCCUGAGAGGGGGUUGUGCCUGAGUCCAGGGGGACAUUUGGGUGGCGGAGAUAGCCUGUUCCUGGCUUUCCGCUUAUCCAGGUGUUCACCCUAGGCUGACCUAUGCUGGUGCCCUGGGUCAGCACUACCGGCAACGGUGCAGGGAGCUAGUCAAACCAGAGCCUAUGCAACUAUUCACUUUUGUAUCAAUCCAGUAUAUUUUCUUUUAAUUGUCGAAUGAUUCUAUGAUUGCGAAUGAUUGUGGCAGCCUUUGGCUAUGUGCAAUAAAACUGACUGACUGACUAAAGUUGUGGCCUAAAUUCUGCCAAAAACCAAACCAAAAUUUGAGUCUUGUCUGAAUUUAUUUAGGGGGGAGAUUUCUGGGUCUGAACACACAAUUAAGCCCUCUGUGAAAAUGUUUCAAUGGAGGAAAUGGCAGAUACGAAGGACCCACUGACCGGCCCCUGCUGUCAGUGGGCCCUGGCAGGCUAAAUUAGCUUGCAGUGACAGUGUACCAAGCAAUGUACUCAGGUCUAGCUGAUCUCUCAAUUUCCCAUAAUGCCCCAGAAUGAUGCUAGGUUUAAAGGUCUCAACACGCAAAAGGUCUCUGCAGCUACAGCAGGUGCUGUGAUUUUCCAAAGGUUUGACUUCACCCCCAGAGGCACACUCCAUUUUCUCUGGAGACAGACUCAUGCCAACAAUAACAACAACCAAUCCUUUGUCACACAAGGAUCUUCUUGUGUAGGCAUCACUGAGAUUCCUUACGUCUGAAAUUAUAUUGUCAGAAGGCGACAAGCGUAAUAAUCAUCUGAUUAUUUUGCUACCUUUAUCCUGAAUUAUUUUUUUUAAAGGACGAUAUGAAGUCAGAAGUAGUGCGGCUGACCCAACAGGUUCAGAACAAUGCUUCCUGUGUGUUUGUGUGUGGUGAGAGUUGUUGCUUGAUUAGCCUCUGGUACAAAGCUGUGGUGCUUUCAGAUGGCAGCCAAAUGGGAGCUCCAGUACUGGAAAUGUGGCCGAAAAUCCAUCAAAGAACAAGUGUCCCAGCACAGGAGUGUGGUGUAAGUCAUGGCGGAAAUGAAGAUUUUCUGAACUGCCUCCUGCCCUCACAUGUUGGCUUGGUCUUAUGGGAGUUGUAGUAUAAUCAACUGGAGGACACCACGAGGGCUUUAAAGGCUCUGUCAUCUGGUGGUGGUUUUGAUUUAAAAACAAAAACAACCCACGCUACACCUUGGAAGCUAAUCACAGUUUGCCGACAUUGUAAAUAUUUUGGUUCGCUGGUUUUUGUUUUUGUUUUUAUUUUUUAUUUUUUUAUUUUGCGUGUUCAGACCCAGAAACCUCCCCCCUAAAUAAAUUCACACAAGACUCAAAUUUUGGUUUGGGUUUUUGGCAGAAUUUAGGCCACAACUUUAUUGAUUAUAGCAAGUGAAUGGUUGCAUAGGCUCUGGUUUGACUAGCUCCCUGCCAUGCAGGUAGCGCUGACCCGGGGCACCAGCAUAGGUCAGCCUAGGGUGAACACCUGGAUAAGCGGAAAGCCAGGAACGGGCUUUCCAUCCAGUAAGCUGCCCAGGCCAGGGGACCAAUAUUGUGGGGAAGCAUCAAUUAAUCUCACACGGUCCAAGAGCUGUGCCCCAGGAACCCUUGGUGUUAAGCAGACGUUGCUGAACCCUAAUUCCCAGGGCAGCUGCUUGCAACUGUUAAGAUGUCUCAGACUAGAUCUGAAUAUGCCUGUCAUUUCCUGUAACUCUGCAGCUGCUGGAAGAAACACCCUAAGUACUCAGCGGUACAAAUUCCUCUCAUUAAGCUUGAUGAAGAUGGUUGUUCUGUGCUUAUGAGUCCAGGGUAUAGAAUACGUGAUUAUAUAUAUUUCCCACCACUGGAACCUCAGACUAAUUAUUUGUCUGAGUGGGAGAGAACAAUAGCACCUGAAGGUCAAUUCUCUCCUUCUGCUGGGAAAAAAAAAUCCAUUCCUGACACCCUUCUAUUUCUAAACAAAAUUAGAUUAGAAAUUGAUAUUGUUUAUAUUAAUUCUUUAUCCAUGAGCUAAAAACUGACCCUGUUGCAUGCUGAACUUCAAGAUGCAUUUGCUUCUGCUCAGUAACCUCUAGGACAAUCUGUAUUUCUCUGCUACAGUUCCGUGGUGCUUCAAAAAUGCAAAUAAAGACAGUGUUCUGUUGAUAAUACAAACAGCAGAGUCCAAAUGGAAUCCAUUUCAUUUGCCUAUUUACAGCAGGAUUAGAAAGCUGGAAAGAGCAGGGGUACCUCAGACCGGAGCCUUUAGCAGGAAGGCUGUGUAGUGUAGCCAAGGAAGUCUGAGCUAUGAAACCUGUGUUCAAAUCCUGCUCCAUUAUGAAGUUCACUGAGAUCAUCUCUCAGGAUUGUCGUGGGAUACAUAGGGGUUUUAUCCCCAUUUACAAUGGCCUGAGGAGGAUGGAGGAGAAAUGGGGUGUAUAUGUAAUAAAUAAAACAGUUGCUAGAACUGGAGGGUGAAGAAUCAAGGCAUAUUUUAUUCAUCUAAGACGGUGGGAUGGAAAAUUGGAUGGGCCACACCAUCCAUCAUUGCUGAAAUAAGGAGAACCAUGUCCUAUUACAUGCUUUCAAGCCUAGUAUGGCCGUAGUCACACACCAUCUAAUAUCUGAGAUACUAUGGUCGCCUCUGACAUACAAAGAGCUGGUGAUAACAUUCAUAUUUUUUAUUUUUUGAAGUCAUGUUACCAGUGGAACCAUUCUUUGCAAGAAUAAUUAUUAUUAUUUCAGAACCUACAGUGAAAUCCUAACCAUGUCUACUCAGAUGUAAAUCCUACUGAAUUCAGUGGGGCUUACUCCCAGGUUAAGUGGGGUUAGGAGUGUCGCUCUAGCCGCUUAAAGGAAAAUACCAACAGUAGUAAGCAACACUAGCUCCCAAAGUGGAGACAGGCAUAGGCAAACUCGGCCCUCCAGAUGUUUUGGGACUACAAUUCCCAUCAUCCCUGACCACUAGUCCUGUUAGCUAGGGAUGAUGGGAGUUGUAGUCCCAAAACAUCUGGAGGGCCAAGUUUGCCUAUGCCUGAUAUAGGGAUAUAAACAUAUAAGGAGUAGCAGAAGUAGCUUAUUUUGGUUUCCUCUGUCACUUAAAGUUGCGGGGUGGUGUGUGUGUGUGUGUGUGUGUGUGUGUUGAUGUUCCCAUGUUCUUAUUUUUUAAGUUACCCUGGUCAUCCUUUCUCAAGUGUGUGUGUGUGUAUAAUUUUUAUUAAAUUUUCUGUUUUACAAUUUAAAAUACUUAUUUUACAUCCUGAAGAUAUCAAUGACUUCCCUUCUACUCUUUCCAUGGUUCAUUUUACAUAUCAUAAAUCCCUGCAUAUUUUACAAAAACGAUACCAUUCAGUAUUCCAUUAUUGCAUCCAUCAAAACUUGUUUACACUGUUGAAUUUAUCUUAAUGCUGCCAGCAUUUUCCACUGUACACAAUUAUUUCCCAUAUAUUCAAUAAAUGUUUUCCAAUCUUCUUUAAAUGUAUGUUCUUCUUGUUCUCUUAUUCUAUAUGUUAAGUCUGCAAGUUGUGCAUAUUCGGUCAACUUAAGUUGCCAUUCUUCUUUGGUUGGGACCUCGCUCGUUUUCCAUUUUGGGGCUAACAAAACGUGGGCUGCAGUAGUAGCAUACAUAAAUAACCUUUUCUGACACCUGGGAAUUUCAGUCUGAAGUGUUUAAAGCUGGGGUUGCCUCUUUAAAAUGAUAAGACUUCCUCAAGCUGAAUGUUGAACUGCCCUGUAUGGGAAUCCUGUGCAAACCAAGCAAAUUACGAAAUCUAUGUUCUUUCCUGCGCCUUCGAGAGAUUCCUUCUGCUGCAUACUUCUGCAAUAGAUGGAGCGUUCACUACCCGGAGGGGUGAAAGUCACCAAUCAGCUGCUAACACUCAGGUUGCAACAUGGCAGCCCAAUACUCUGUUGCCCAGCCACUGGCUUCAGAUGGCGUCAAGCUGAGCUAGCAGAGGAAGAAGUUAUUCAUAUAGACAGGUUGUCCUGAACCCUUAACCAAGCUGUCAUUCUCAUGGACCCAAGUCAUCUGACAGCCUGUUCUAGGACCUCCUGAAUAUUGCAAAAGCUUUUGAACGAGGAGAGGAAAUGCAGAAAAGGCUUUAAGACUGUACUCCAGUUACCUGGGAGUAAGCCCCACUGAACUGCUUAGUCGAACUACACAAGAUUGCACCACAAGCGUUCUGGGAAGUAUUGACCGUGUUAACCAUAUUAACAACAUGAGGUGCGUGCAGAAAAUACCAUUUUUUAUUUCGGGAUCUGUGAUGAUUUGAGGCCAAGUAGUUCUUGAAGCCAUCGUCAGGCUUCUUGUGUAGGAUGGCUGUUUGUGAGAAGCAUCGCUACAUGUGUUGUCCCUGUGUGCUUUGCUGGGGGGGGGCACCUGUAAGUGGGCUGUCCACGUUGUAAUGGAAAAUGCAGUGUUGAUAAUAGCGCAUGAGUGGAGUUGCUGGUUCUCCCAGCCGCCCUUUGGGCAUAUAUACUGCAAUGUGGAUAUUUUUGCACUUUUACCCAAGCCACACCAUUGCCCCAAACACCAUAGUUUAAAACACACAUAUUACACACAUAUUAAAAACGCUGUGAAAAGGUUUUUUUUUAAAAAAAAAAAGUUUUGAUAAAUAUAUUGAAAUUGCCAUAGCUCACCGUCGCCAUCUAGCAGUUCGAAAGCACGACAAAGUGCAAGUAGAUAAAUAGGUACCACUCCGGCGGGAAGGUAAACGGAGUUUCCGUGCGCUGCUCUGGUUCGCCAGAAGCGGCUUAGUCAUGCUGGCCACAUGACCCGGAAGCUGUACACCAGCUCCCUUGGCCAAUAAAGCGAGAUGAGCGCCGCAACCCCAGAGUCGGUCACAACUGGACCUAAUGGUCAGAGGUCCCUUUUACAGUCAUACCUCAGAAGUCAAACAGAAUCCGUUCCGGAAGUCUGUUCAACUUCUGAAACAUUUGAAAACCAAAGUGCGGUUUCUGACUGGCUGCAGGAAGCUCCUGCAGCCAACUGGAAGCCAUGGAAGCCCCAUCAGAUGUUUGGCUUCCAAAAGAACAUACAAAAACCAAAACACUCACUUCCGGUUUUCGAUCAUUCUGGAGCCGGAACAUUUGACUCUCAAGGUGUUCAGGAGCCGAGGUAUUUAUUUAGAAAAAUACCACUCUUAUGCUGAUAAAUGCUCAUAAGGCCUGCAAGUGCUCCCAUUUUUAUUUUGCAGUUCCUGAGACGCGGCUCUCUGAUGAACAAUACAGCAAUGAAAAACAGGUUAGCCGAACAAAAAAGCAGCGCAUGAGUCCAUUAGCACUUGCAGUUCUGAGGUGAAACAAUACGACAGCAGUAUAUUGGUGCUGUCAGCCCCUAGGAAUGCUAGUCAAACCGGCUGUCCUGAUGGCACAGCUAUGGUUCACCUCCAAACUGGCUCUGUGUUGCACGGUCCGGUCAUGUAUUUUGGGAGCUUUGAUGCAAUGUUGAUGACCACCCUUGGUCUACAUAGACCACAUGCCUGAGCUUCCAGCAAUCACAGUGACUUUUGAGUAGACUGCUGUUGUUUUUUCAAACUGCCUUUGAGGCGACCCUGAGGCCCGUAGGAGCUCAUAGCUGAGAAGAUUGGUCAUGGCAGAAAAAGCUUCCUCUCCAAAGACCAGUAGAAAAAAGACAGUCACGGAACCGAGAAAUUGCACAAAACAAAUGAAAUACCGUGAAAAUCACUGAAACGAGAAGUAAUCGACUAGAAAUAUUAUCUUAUGAAAAUAAACUAAAUAAUAAAAAGAGUUUAAGGAAAAAAUAAGAUAGAACAAAGCCUUAACGGGAUACCGGCUACAAACCUCGUUUCACUGAACUAUUCAGUUUCCCCAGAAGGAAAUAGAAAAAUCAUAAACCUUAAAUGACCAAAAUUCACAAGAAGGGGGUAGAACUCCCAAAAAUUCUGAAGUUUUUAUAAUCCUGGGUCGACCUAGGUGAAGCAAAGCACAGCAAUGAAGGAUUGAGGACUCAAAGGUACAAUUUCUAAUACUGAAUUUACAAACCUUUUUGUUGACCCAGGAUUAUAAAUCUGCGUGACCCCAUGGACCAGAGCACGCCAGGCACUCCUGUCUUCCACUGCCUCCCGCAGUUUGGUCAAACUCAUGCUGGUAGCUUCGAAAACACUGUCCAACCAUCUUGUCCUUUGUCGUCCCCUUCUCCUUGUGCCCUCCAGCUUUCCCAACAUCAGGGUCUUUUCCAGGGAGUCUUCCCUUCUCAUGAGGUAGCCAAAGUAUUGGAGCCUCAGCUUCAGGAUCUGUCCUUCCAGUGAGCACUCAGGGCUGAUUUCCUUCAGAAUGGAGAGGUUUGAUCUUCUUGCAGUCCAUGGGACUCUCAAGAGUCUCCUCCAGCACCAUAAUUCAAAAGCAUCAAUUCUUCUGCGAUCAGCCUUCUUUAUGGUCCAGCUCUCACUUCCAUACAUCACUACUGGGAAAACCAUAGCUUUCAAUAUACAGACCUUUGUUGGCAAGGUGAUGUCUCUGCUUUUUAAGAUGCUGUCUAGGUUUGUCAUUGCUUUUCUCCCUAGAAGCAGGCGUCUUUUAAUUUCGUGACUGCUGUCACCAUCUGUAGUGAUCAUGGAGCCCAAGAAAGUAAAAUCUCUCACUGCCUCCAUUUCUUCUCCUUCUAUUUGCCAGGAGGUGAUGGGCCCAGUGGCCAUGAUCUUCGUUUUUUUGAUGUUGAGCUUCAGACCAUAUUUUGUGCUCUCCUCUUUCACUCUCAUUAAAAGGUUCUUUAAUUUCUCCCCACUUUCUGCCAUCAAGGUUGUGUCAUCUGCAUAUUUGAGGUUGUUGAUAUUUCUUCCAGCAAUCUUAAUUCUGGUUUGGGAUUCAUCCAGCCCAGCCUUUCGCAUGAUGAAUUCUGCAUUUCCCAUGAUGAACUGGUUUUUGCCUACCAUGUAGCAAAUCGUCACAACUUUGUGAGGUUGGCGGUUAGGCAUUGAUUCAUUCUUUGGUGGAAGGGAUUAUGGAUUGGCUGUGCCUGCCCCUCAUUUUUGUUGCUGCUGCUAGGGAAUUCCGUUAAAGGAAUCCAGGGGCUCGAUUUGCUCUGUCCGAUCCCCUCUCAGGGGUAGGGCCAGGCCAGAGUUCCUGGGACCGUCUGGGGUGAACUAAGAGGCGGAAAUCUGCCUCUGUGCUCCCCCAGUAUGUUUUCCCUUACUGACCUCUGGAGGUUCCAGUUGUCGGUCCUGUUCCUGCCGGUGCAGGAUCAGGUAGUCUGAACCAAUGGCUAAGCAACCACUCACAUGCUGUAAACAAUAAAGUUGUGGCCAAAUUAAUGCCAAAAAUCUUAAACAAAUAUUCUGCUUCCUGUGUGAUUUAUUUUGGAGGGGAUUUGGGGGUUUUCAUGCGCAACUUCUGGUCUAGCGCAACAGGGCUGAGGAACUGGGCAAUGCUGAAAAUCUGACCUGCACUUGCCAGGUGUAGCACAGGGGAAUCUAAAAAUCUCGGAAUAUGCGGGCAGACUUCAAUAGGCAUAGAAUAACUUCGUUUUUGUGACUUGCUACUGUGCCCUGGCACGUAGUUUGGGAUCUUGCAUGAGGAUGACUGUAUGCCUACAGCAGAUGGGUAUCUACUAAUCAAAUCACAUCACUGUCAUUUCAGAUGCCUCUGCUCAGCCAGAAGUUAAAAUGAUGGUCCUUCAACUCUCGCUGAUUUAUUGGUAAGUAGGAUAUUAAAUUACAUCUGCCAGUGGCCCUGCACAGAGUGUGUGUUUUGUGUACAAUUCCAGCUGUCCCUCUUGUUUGAUGCCUUGCUGAAAUAAUAUUUGUCCCCUCCGCUGAGGCACUAGUCUUGAGCUCUUCCCAAAUUCCUGCUAUUUUGGAGACUGGGGGAGAGAAUUAAAUCACAUACCAGGAAAUUGAAGUGGUGCAGCUACAGCUGUUUCUGGUGCUGUUGUGUAGCAAACCUACUUCCCCUAAAAAUCAGGGCAAUGUGACAGGAAAAUGCAGAGAAAAGUGAUGAAUAGCAAUUGUCCGAUGUAACGGUGUCUAACCUCUAUGCAAACUCAUCAGAUGAAUGCUCAAAAAAGAAUUGACGUCGUCUAACCUUCCUGCAACGUUUUGUGCAAACAAAUUGGGAUGAAUGCUCAAUAAAGGGGUUGUCUUAAAAGUGAACUAUGUCUGGUUGAAGGAGAUCCCUUAUAAGAAAUCAGUAAAGGAACUGGCCUCUAAGACCCUCAGAUUAGAGCAGUUGUUGUUGAGCGUUUUUUAGGGCAGCCGCCAAUUUCAGGGAGAAAAAAUUGAGAAGUAACAGGAAAGGUCAAAACCAUGCACAUCUUCAAAGUCCAAAGCUAGCUAACUAAAGAGAAAAUGUAUGAAGAUUUCCCCAGAAAGCAGAAAGCAGACUCCAGGGCUGUGAAAACUCUCUACCUUUCACAUUCUUUCACUCAAAAAAACCCCAGGUGCCAUGGUUUACCUCUCACCAAGUUAAAAUUCGCAGUAACAGUGCCCAGAAUUAUUUGAGGGCAAGAAUGUGCCUCCGAGGCAUAGUGUGUAUAUAGCUGAAGUGUAAAAUAAUAGCGAUGGCUUCUUCCCUGAGCAGAGGAAAUAGCUAUUAAGUCUGUGGUGUAAAUAUGUCCAUAGAUUCUCAGGCUCCAUGGUAGACACUGUAGCCCCACUGGCUAGAGACAAGUCACCUCUCCAGAUGAGUGGAAUGAGGAAUAAAGCAAAUGUAUGUUUGUGAACAACACAGAGCUUAUCUGGGAUUUUUUUGGUCAGCCAAAGGGUCGAAGCAGUGGGCCAAAGGUGGUCCAGGGACAGACAUGUCACCUAGACACAUCUUUGAUGCAAAGACGAUCCGGCCUUUGUUAGCUUUAUGGUGGGAAUAAAAGUGGGUCAACCAGCAGCUCUGUGAAAGAUUAACUUAUAUGCAAACAUGGUAUUGGUUACUCAGAAGUCUGAGUAUUCAAGGAAAAGGCUUACAAAAAUAUAAAAAAGAAAAAUCCAGCUCCUUUAAAAAAUAAAAUAAACCCUUAGUUUUGAACACCUGACAGAAUUACAUGUUUUCAAAAUGUUCUCAGGGAAAUUUGAAGAGCUUUCCAAGUUUGGAGGGUUAUUUCAUUUCCGACAAAAAGACACGAAGUGCUGAGAAGUGGUUCGUGCCAGUAUUUCAGAUUUGAAUUCUGCUCUUUUGUACCAACCUGGGUUAAAAUUUGAACCAGUCCCCAUACCUGCGUUUGCCACGCUCCCUCUCUGAUUUCUAUCUUAAAACCACAGGUUGUGUUGUGCGGAUAAACAGGCCUUCGCCACAUAAACAAAGAGCAGCUUUUUAAUGAGAGUGGGCGAACGCUCCUAAUGGUUGCUGCAGUGAUGUAAUUAGCAUGCAUGUAAUUACAGAAGUCUGAAUGUGCAUCUCCCUACUCCCACCUCACUUUUCAGGAAGGACUUCUAUUUAAUUUGAACUCCGGCUUCAGGGCAUGUUUGCAAGGUGGCGCUGGUUAAUAUUUAACCAAGGAAAUACUCUCCAUUUCCAGUUUUCUCCCACUGCACAACAAGGAAACACCUUUGCUUUUCAUCUCCUACUUGACCCUCGUAAUAUUCCGGGAAUCAGCGUGUUUUUACAUGAGUAGAAUGUGUCCUUUUAUUUAAAAUGCAUCUCUGGGUUAUUUGUGGGGCAUAGGAAUUUGUUCUUUUUUCCCCAAAAAUAUAGUCCGGCCCCUACAAGGUCUGAGGGACAGUGGACUGGCCCCCUGCUGAAAACAUUUGCUGACCCCUGGACCAGCCGGUCAAGGAAUUCCUUGAUUGUGCUCACAUAUUGUUGCUUCUCUAGAUUUUUAUCUCAGAAAUCUUUGAAACCCACUGUGGGGCUAUGUUAUCCUAUUUCCCACCCUCAUCAACACAUAUAUAUAUAUAUAUAUAUAUAUAUAUAUAUAUAUAUAUAAUUUUCUUGCAUUUCUAUUCCGCCUUUCUUCCAUCAUGGAAGCCAAAGGGGCAUCCAUGUAGUUUUAGAAGACUUUUAGAAGACAUCUGAAGGCAGCCCUGUUUAGGGAAGCUUUUAAUGUUUAAUAGGUUACUGUAUUUUAAUAUUCUGUUGGAAGCCGCCCGGAGUGGCUGGGGAAACCCAGCCAGAUGGGUGGGGUAUAAAUAAUCAAUUAUUAUUAUUAAUUAUUAUAGUUUCCAGAAGCUCUCCCAUCCAAACACUGAGCAGACCCUCACACUGCUUAGCUUCAGCAAUGUGGUGGCCUCGUGCCUUCUGACCAACUAUAAGCGCAACGUGCACAUGCAAAUUACAUUUUCAACAGUUUCGAGCCUUUGUAAAAGCUGUGGCCCUAGCUGUCUUGCCAAAGGCAAGGUGUUUCUUUUAAAAUACACAAGCGAGUGAGAAGAUUAAAGAUUUUAUUCUAAAACAGCAAGCGAUGUAUACAUACAGUCCUCAAGAAGCGGCGAAGUGACUCCCCCAGGUAGCCUCAGUUUGCACGGUCCUGCGGCCGAUCAGUCUGUGCACGAGCUUCCAAGAAAUUCUGCCCAAACCUUCUGGUUUUAUAGAUAUGCCUCACUUUCUCAAAACAACGUACAACAUCAAAGAAGGAACCCAGCAUUAUCCUCCCAACUGAUUAAGGCAGCUGUGUGUGGGACUUCCCUUCCUCUCAACUGUUCUCAGGACAUUAAAGACUGUUUUCACACCAUCAAAAAACUUAACAAGAGGGAAGGAGGGGGAAGGAAGGAACAGAGGCAGGAAGGGCUCCGUGUCAGAUCACUAGCUCCUCAAUACAUUUUCUCUUCCGGAUGCAUUUCCCAUAACCUAGCCAAUUUAACCAUAGUGCCUUGUCUAUGGGACAAGUUGAAAUAAAUGGGACUUCGCUUGAGUGCUGUUGAUUGAACUGGGACUGUCCUAUUGAUUUCAGCUGGACUUAAAUUCAGCUCACUGGUUCAGUGCGACUGCCAGCAUGGAAAUCAUUCCCCAAAUGUGUCCAUAUUCAACUGCCAUUGCAAGGAGUGGGGCAGAUACGUUAUGUAAAAAGAGCAGUAGCUCCCUGUUUGUGGAAUGCUCUCCCCAAGGAGAUUUGCCUGGCACGUUUAUUGUGCACUUUUAGGCCCCAGGCAAAAAUGUUCCUCCUCAACCAAGCCUUUGGUUGAUUAACAUCUGGUACGCGGGUGGCACUGUGGUCUAAACCACAGAGCCUAGGGCUUGCCGAUCAGAAGGUUGGUGGUUCAAAUCCCCACGACGGGGUGAGCUCCUGUUGCUCGGUCCCAGCUCCUGCCAACCUAGCAGUUUGAAAGCACGUCAAAGUGCAAGUGAAUAAAUAGGUACCACUCCAGCGGGAAGGUAAACGGUGUUUCCAUGCGCUGCUCUGGUUCGCCAGAAGUGGCUUAGUCAUGAUGGCCACAUGACCCAGAAGCUGUACGCCAGCUCCCUCGGCCAAUAAAGCGAGAUGAGCACCGCAACCCCAGAGUCGUCUGCGACUGGACCUAACAGUCAGGGGUCCCUUUAUCUUUGUUGUUGUUUAGUCGUUUAGUUGUGUCCGACUCUUUGUGACCCCAUGGACCAGAGCACGCCAGGCACUCCUGUCUUCCACUGCCUCCCGCAGUUUGGUCAAACUAUUGCUGGUAGCUUCGAGAACCAACCAUCGUCCUCUGUCAUCCCCUUCUCCUUGUGCCCUCCAUCUUUCCCAACAUCAGGGUCUUUUCCAGGGAGUCUUCUCUUCUCAUGAGGUGGCCAAAGUAUUGGAGCCUCAGCUUCAGGAUCUGUCCUUCCAGUGAGCACUCAGGGCUGAUUUCCUUCAGAAUGGAGAGGUUUGAUCUUCUUGCAGUCCAUGGGACUCUCAAGAGUCUCCUCCAGCAAGAUAAUUCAAAAGCAUCAAUUCUUCGGCGAUCAGCCUUCUUUAUGGUCCAGCUACCUUUACCCUUUUAAAUGUGCUGUGGGAGUAGGUGGGGAGAGGGGGAUAUUGGCUUGUUUCCAUUCUUGUUUUUAGCCUGUAGUUUGUUUUGUUUUUAACUUGUAUUUUUAUGUUGUGAGCCGCCCUGAGAUCUAUGGAUAGAGGGCAGUAUGCAGACUUAAUAAAUAAUAAUAAAUUAUUAUUACUAUUUUAUAAUCUAUAAUCCAACAAUCCCAUUCAAAAAUCAGGAGUCAGCUAUUGCUGCUUCUUUUUGCAACAUUUCAAAUCAUGCAUGCAAUACCUGAUUUCUCAUGUCCACUCUGCCUGUUUUCUGUCUUUUCAGAUAAUUAACAAAGAAGAAUCCAGAUGGGGUGCAGGUGCUGUAAAAUGAUACAAAGGUACAGGCAGACUGAGGCUGGAUCUAUACAGAUAUAAAAAAUGCUGGGGGGGGGACAUUAUGGGGGGAGCUCCCAAGGCAAUAUUGUAUGCCAGGCAUCCCGAAACUCAGCCGCCAGCUGUUUUGGGACUGCAACUCCCAUCAUCCGUAGCUAACAGGAGCAGUGGUCAGGGAUGAUGGGAAUUGCAGUCCCAAAAUAUCUGGAGGGCUGAGUUUGGGGAUGCCUGCUGUAUGCCAUUGACUUUGGAUUCCCCUCUACAGUGCCAUCUAGUGUCACAUUUUUAUAAUGCAUUUUAAUGUUAUAAAUGGACCUGUGUCGCUGAGUUCUGAUUGUCAUUUAUAUAUAUAACUAUGAUAAUAUUAUCAUAUAUAACUAUGAUAAUAGUUAUAUAUCUGUAAGGAUAUCUCUGAAACCAAUGCCCCCCCCCCCAAUGUUGCUGCACUCUAGAUCCCAUCAGCCCCAGCCAGCAUGACCAAUGGUGAGACGUGAAUAGGCAAAAAAUUGGUGGCAUUUCUGAAACUUGCAACAAAGACUGCAUGUUUGAAGCACGAAACUGACCCUUUUUUCUCUGUCACGAAAAGAAAAUGCUAACUGUUGCUCUUAACCUUUUUCUAGUUACAUCUUUGAACCCCAAGACGUGCCAACAUCCGGGUACAUCAAUGAAAUAAACAACUUCAAGUCCGACGAGCAAGACGGAGGCAAAUUCAAAUGCAAGCAGAACAACGACAUCCAAGUACACAAAAACGAGCUGCAGUCCGGGGAAUUACAAACAGCAGCAAACAGGCACAAAUUAAACAACAAUAAAGAUGCCGUUCUGAACCACCGAAGCAGCGCUCUUCGUGAGGAGGGACUUGGGAAUCUUGCCGAAAAGUGCCGUUUCAAUGUAAAUGGGAUCCAUUCCCAGUCUGGUGGGAACCUUCAUCCCAAUCCCAGCACAAACCGAAACAGAGAGAUCAGCACGCACUCCUGCUCUGCUCAGCGAGCCGGUUUUUCAGUCCAAGGGUUGCCUCAGGAAAGCACAUGCAAUAACCAUGAGAUUCUGGAAACGGAAGUUCUCGCAAAGGCAUCUUCAGAAAAAAGAAGUGCCCUAUAUGAGGAAUCUCAGAGCGCUCCAGGCAGUGACACGCACCUGCCUGGACCCACUGAUCCCCCCAAAGGCGGCUAUGCUGGAAAACAGAGAGCUGCAGGAAAGGAAAGUCCAUCAAAUAACCACACACAUACAGGCCAAAGCACAGAACACACCACAUUAAGCAGCCAGCAGGACCUGCCAUUAGGUGAGUCUAAAAGCUGGGAUUCAACAGACAAAGCCUGUAGGACAGGCCUGCCAAAUGUGUGUUUCAAGGACAAUGUAUCCGACGGCAUCCCAUCUCCUAGGACCAAGGCGGAUGCGGUGCGAGAAGCUAGAUUUGAUUGCCAUAAUGACAUUAAUGGAGAACUGGAGGAGGAGGUUGAUGCCGAAGUAGCAGAGGCUCUCGCAGCCCUGGAGGCUGCUACGGCAGGAGAAGAUUUUGAGGAGGAAGAGGACUAUUAGGUGACAACCAAGACUCCAGUAAUAAGCCUCACUUCUGGGGCUGUGUGAAAUGCGUUUCUGAGGCCUUCAACCGCGGGUGUAAGCCUUUGCCCAGGACUCCCACAAAUAGCAGAGGGGGAUAAAUCACUAGGCCAGGUGAGCUAACAAGAGCAGCCAGUGUUGUGCCCGGUGCAUUGCACCUAAGCUGAUAUGUCACAAUUAACAUCAGCCAGUCUAAUGCUUACGUACCAGCCCACCUGCACCAUGAGGUACCUGCUACUGCCAGCCAAAGCAGUCUCUCUUGUUUGCCAACAUGACCACUCUGGCUGCUAUGAAUGCUGCCAAGAAUAGUUACCAAAUAUGUCCCACUCUAGGGAGAAUACUGCCCUCUGGGUCAAGUUUGCUUCCAACUGGAGAAAAAGGAGGAAAUAUUUGGUUAAGGAAAGCCCCAAGCUUCCCUGUAGUCCAGUCACCAAGGAGUAAUAUUGAUCUCUCAAAGAAGCCAGUAUGUUGAAGGUUUGUCCUUUUCUUGAUCUACCAGGGCUUACACGCUAGGCUGUGCAAAAUGUCCCAAAGCAAACCUGGAAAGUGGCACUUUUAAACAGAGCUCACUCAAAACUGCUGCUCUUUGUGAGAUUUUUCAGCAGUGCCAAACGUGCCUCUCCUUUCUGACAUUCUUCUCGCACUCCAGGUGAAAAUGUUUGUUUGCUUGUUUACCAGGACCUGAGUGACAUCACCAGACAGACAAACCUAAUUGUAUGCGCCGGUUUAUGGUGUCAUAACAUUCACUGCUCAGUCAUUAAUGAUUAACUCACGAAAGCUGGAAGCAGCCGCAACCAGGGUGCUCAAAAGCAUCAGGUAUAUAAAUGGAUAUUUGCACGGUCUAAGGCUGUCUUCCCAUGAUAGUUUAUUCCACCGCCCUGACCUUUCCCUAACUGUUAAUUUACACAUUAUAUUUGAGCUUUCGCGUGAUGUAAAAGCCACUUCUGGAGAACCAACAGAAUAUGGUACAUGUUUAGUGCCCAUUUCUGUGUUACUUGAUUCCAGAAAAUAAUAUGUUUUGAGGCCCCUUAACCUGGAAAAUUGCAAGAGUAAAGUGACAAAACCUGGGCUGGUAUGACGGCAUACAGUUUUUUCCAGCUGUUGUCAAAGAGGCAUCGUGGGGGAACAAAAGCACACAUAUGGAAAGGCUGAGGGGAAUGGUGACAGUGUCCAAAAAUAUUCGUUGUUGUACCACAGUAUGUUCACUGGUGUGAAUGAAAUUUAGCGUGACAGUCGAAGAGUCCCAGUUCCAUAGCAUAACAGGUACUGCAGUGUGAAAGGAACAUUCGAAAAUAGGACACAAGUGCUAGUAGUAUAAUCAGGAAAACUAAUACAAUAUUCCCCACAUCUGAAUGCACGCAAAGCAUGCUUUGGGGAAACUUCUGCCACAGUGAAAUAGUAGAUGCGUGGCUGUUUGCCGCACAAAAAUCAGGGCUAGAGACAUUUAACACAUGCUCUAGUGCCAUGUAUUUUCCCCCUAUAAAAGUAUUUUUUUAAAAGAAAAUCUUGAUUAAACAUUUAUCUUGAACCACUGCCUACACAUUCCCAGUCGGUAUCAAAGUAUCAAUCCAGGCUAAUUAUGCGCUACAGAAGUUCCACCCAAUUGCAUCCUCCUUUCUGCUGAUUUCUAAUGGCACUUCCCAUGCUGUUGGGAAUGUGUCUUCGUGCGGCAGCAAGUGCCAUUGAGCCACUGAGGUUCCUUAGGGCUAAUGAUGACAAGUUAAUUCUCGGCAGUGCCAGAAACGAGUAUUCCAGCAAGCUCACGAGAUCCGCCCUGUGGAAUGAAACAGCACGAGACCGGGGUAUUUUCAUGUGGCGGUCUGAAGUGCAAUUAAGUGCAAAUUAACACGAAACUCAAAAUGUCAGAUGGUUGCGAGCACAGGGCAGGUUUGUGCAUGCAUUUUGAUUUCCGGUGUCCUUAUCACUCAGUGCGCUCACGGUGGAAUGCCUCAAAGGACUCCGUCCGAGAGCAUCAUUUGGGACAAUUUGAAAGCUCUGCCUCCGGUGUGUGUUUGAUCAUUCGCACACGCAACUGUACUGAUACCAGCAAGCUACAGAAUCACAAUGCCUGUUGACCACAGGUGCUGCUAAGUACCGUAUUUUUCGCCCUAUAGGACGCACUUUUUCCCCUCCAAAAAUGAAUGGGAAAUGUGUGUGCGUCCUAUGGAGCGAAUGCAGGCUUUCGCUGAAGCCUGGAGAGCAAGAGGGGUUGGUGCGCACCAGCCCGGCAAGCUCCGGGAGCGAUGGUGAGGUUGAACGCAACCUUGCCGUCGCUCCCGGACCCAUUCUGGGGGCUGGGGAAGCUCGGGCCGCUCGCUGUCUUGGCUUCUGCCAAAGCCAUGCACAGCCUCUGGGGGCUGGGGGGGAAAUAUUUUUUCCCCUUUAUUUCCCCCCCAAAAAACUAGGUGCGCCCUAUGGUCCGGUGCGCCCUAUAGAGCGAAAAAUACAGUAAUUAAAAGUCUUGGGAUGUAGCUGUAUGACACAGCUCCUCAAAGAAUUUGUAUAUGCUAAUUUAUAUGUAUAGAUGACUGGGGGAUUAAAUGGCAGGUGACUGGAAUAUCACCUAGCCACUUUAUAAGCAAAUGUUUUAAAUUGAGUUUUAAGGGGGGGUGGAAGGGAUAGAUGAUCUGGGGCCCACCACAAAAGACCCGUUCCUCAGACCACCCUGGGCCACCCCCUAUCAGAGCCCCUGUUGUCAACUGCAGAAACAUUCCCAGAAAAGCAUUUUAAGACACUUGCUUUUAUUGAAAUUUAAAUAUAACACGGCAAACAGAAACAAACAUUUCAGUAAAGCAAGAAUCAAUGGAGGACAAGAAUUUGGCACUUGUACACAUUUUAUUGUAAUUGACACAUCUCAGGAUAUUUUCCGCUGGGCAAUCCUUAGAAUGCUUUCCUGUGCCUCCCCAAUCUGAAAUAGUCCUGUUUAGGGCCAACUAAAAUACAUUAUUUUUAACAACAACAAUAAGAAUUUAUUAUUUAUACCCCGCCCAUCUGGCCAGGUUUCCCCAGCCACUCUGGGCGGCUCCCAACAGAAUAUUAAAAGCACGAUAAAAGAUCAAACAUUAAAAGUUUCCCUAAACAGGGCUGCCUUCCGAUGUCUUCUAAAGGUCAGAUGGUUGUUUAUUUCCUUGACAUCUGACGGGAGGGUGUUCCACAGGGAGGGUGCCACUACUGAGAAGGCCCUCUGCCUGGUUCCCUGCAACCUCACUUCUCGCAGUGAGGGAACCACCAGAAGGCCCUCAGUGUCUGGGCUCAACGAUGGGGGUGGCCGAGGCCAUUUAGAGCUCUAAAAGUCAGCGCCAACCAAUUGUUCUCGGAAACGUACUGGGAGCCAAUGUAGAUCUUUUAGGACCAGUGUUAUAUGGUCCUGGCAGCUGCUCCCAGUCACCAAUUUGGCAGCUGCAUUCUGGAUUAGUUGUAGUUUCCAAGUCACCUUCAAAGGUAGCCCCACAUAGAGCGCAUUGCAGUAGUCCAAGCAGAAGAUAACUAGAGCAUGCAGCUACGCAUCCUUUAGAUGCACAUUUUUCCUGUUCAGAACCAGGAAAUAUCCCUAUCCCCAGGAAACAUUGCUUCUGUUUUGUCAGGGUUCAAUCUCAACCUGUUGACCACCACCCAGUUUUUAAAACUGCCAGAAGUUUAGGCAUGUUAGUCUCUGUGUAGCAACAAUCCUAAAGAAAAGGUCUGGGGGCCAUUUUAAAGAUAAACCAAUUUAUUGUGGCACCAGCUUGAGUCUGGGCUUAAGGAAGAAUGGUAAGCAAUAUGGUAAGAAACUGAGAGACAAAGAUAAAGCCGAUUUCUCUGAACUCUCCUGCUCCCAGAUUUGGCCGGUUUCUCUCCCUCCUCCCUCCAUGGUUUCUGCAUCAAAAUGGGGGUUGCUGACCAGCGAAUUAAGUGAGUAGGCAAGGACAAGAGGGGUGUCGCAAUGAAAGCAGCCUCCAAAACAGUACAAUGAGGAUUCAUGAGGACAUGAACCAGUUUUCCUAUGACAGUUAGAGUAGAGCCAUAGAAACCUGGUCCCAAAUUUAAUUUACUGAUAUUUGAGAAACACCUGGCAUACCGGAAAAUAUUUCUUCUUUAACUAUUGGCCAGAUAUUCCCUGGAAUUUCAAACUACUGUAUUUAACCUCAUUUCGUUAGCUCUGAUUUUGUAUUUGUCAAGAAAAUCUACUGUAAACUGUUAAUAAAUUGUUUU